AUGCUGGUGUCAGUAUCUGAAGAAUGUGAUCAAAAGAUACAAGCCAUGCAUCAAGAAGAAAGACUGGAAAUAAAGAAUAUGAAAAUGGAAAAACAUCAUCUGUUGAAUGUUAUCGAGAAAAUGAAAGAGGAGAAUAACUCUUUGCAAAUGCAGGUAACCUAUUUGUUUAAUUUAUUGUUUAUAAAUAUUAUAUGUAAUUGUAAGCAUAUACAUGUGUGGGAUGUGUGUGUAUGUUUUUAUACAUAUAUAUGUGUGUGUGUGUGUGUGUGUGUGUGUGUGUGUAUAUAUUUAUAUGGUCUGUCCUGGAAGAAGUACAGCCAUUGUUACUUUAACGAAAUCAUUAUCGAUAUAACCUGGCAACCAAGUAGAGCAACAAAUCUGCAUCAGAUUUUGCGUUUAUUUUGAACAUUCCUCCUUUGAAACUAUUUGGAUGAUUAGAAGGCUUUUGGGGGACGAUGCAAUGAGUGCAGUGCAAAAAUAAGUAUGGCAAAAAUGCUUUAAAGUCACAAAAUGCUUGAUGAAUCUCUUUAAUCAGUUCUGGUAUAUAUAAUGCCUUGAUGAUAUGUGCUGAAAUGUAAUUGGAGGAAGCAGAUGAUGAUGCCCCUUUGCGUAAAGAGUGGCCUAAGUAGUGAGUUGAAUUAAGGCCAAGCCUUGUCAAUAGCACAUAGAGCAUAAAUGUGGCAGUAGUGAGUGUGGAACAGUGUAAUGCUAGUAGUGGUUGGUGUGGUUGUUUGUGAAUGCUGCUGAAAUAUUUAUCGAAAACCUUAACUGGGCACCAUUUGUUAUAGAUAGGGUAGAAGGGUAUGUCAGCCGGGCCUCCCACUUGGCUGGUUUUAGAGUGGGGAAGUGAAAGGAUGUAAUAAUCUAUAGAUUUUUGGAUAUUUAAAGUACUGUAAACUGUGGAAGUUAGAUUAACAGAGGUGAACUCUCUUGGUCGUAGGAAUCCGUAAAAGGCUAGGUAUAUGGCGGUUUUAAUAACCAUAUUGGUGACAGGUUUAAAAGGUGACGUGUGUGUGACGAAGUGCCCUUUGCCACUUGUGCCUGGAGAGGACUAAUUGCCAGCCUCCUGCCCUGCGACUAUGGCCCCUGGAAGAUUUUGCCCUUUAACCCCUUAAGGACCAAACUUCUGGCAUAAAAGGGAAUCAUGACAUGUCACACAUGUCAUGUGUCCUUGAGGGGUUAAAUACGUUAUUUGGGCAUAGUGGAUUUUAUUAGACUGGUUCUGGCCUUUUAAAUGUUCUGACAAAGGAUCUGCAGUUUUGCUAUGCACUUCGGAUGCAGAGUGUGAAGAAAACCCCUGUUUUAUGGACUUAGUUUGACUGUUUUAUUCCCCCCUCCUCUUAGAACACCAGUUUAAACCCUUAAUAACUCUCAUAUUUUCAAACUCUGUCUGACCCUCUUAACUGUCUUUUUGUUUUCCUCUGAGGAGGAGUUGUUUGGUGCAUGAGUGCUGUUGCUUUUGUGUGCUCAUUAAACAGACCUGCUUGAAGCCUUGGCUAAUGCUUGGGGGAUCGGAUAAGACUGCAGUGCUGAUGGUGUUGGUUGGAGUGCUUGGAGUCCUCGGCAAGCACUUGGAGCAUUGAUUGACGGAGGUACUCAGUCGGAGUGCCAGCGGGACUGUCACAUUUGGUGGCAAGCGAUGGGAUGGCGUCCUAGUGUGAGGAGAAGCAGCUCAGAGACACCGGUAACGUGGGCAACGCUAGCAUUCGGGCAAUGCUAGCAUGAGUGCAGCGCCCCUGGAAGCAGAGGUGCCCAUUGACUUGGAGCAAGCAAGUAUGGCAUACGCUGACUCUUGCGAAGAUUUUCUGGCUGAGGUGAGGCAGCGAGUGGCCUGGUAUGGCCCUGAUGUGUCCAUGGAUACCUACCAGGCGAUCUGGAACCAGGUAACUGUCGAAAGAGAAGCAAAGAGGGACCAAGAAUUCCUGCUGGCUAAAGCGAGGAAAAGAAGCCUCCAACGAAAGGAGGUUAGCCUCUCUCCCCAGAGGCAGCCGGAGGUACCCGAAGUAGGGGACCUCAUAGACUGGUCCUGUGAGGAACCCCAACAGGCAGGUGGAGAUGGGACCGAGGUCUCUCUACCGGCCCCACAGGGAUGCUGGGCAGUCGGCCCAGAUCCCCAACUGCACCUGGAGCUACCGGCAGAGGAGGCAGGUGGUCCUUAUACCCAAGUCCUGGGGGACCUCAUAGACUUGCACUGAGAGGAACCUCAAAUGGCCGGUGGAGAUGGGACCGAGGUCUCUCUACUGGUCUUACAGGGAUGCUGGGCAGCCGGCCCAUAUCCCCAGUUACAGCCAGAGCUAUAGAUAGUGGAGGCAGGUGGUCCUUAUUCCCAAGUCCUGGGGGAUCUCAUAAACUGGCACUGGGAGGAACCUCAAAUGGCAGGUGGAGAUGGGGCAGAGGUCUAUCUACCGGCCCUACAGGGAUGCUGGGCAGUUGGCCCAGAUCUCCAACUGCAGUUGGAGCCCCAGGGAGAGGAGGCAACCGGGCUCUCUCCCCAGCGGCAGUGUGAGCUUCAGGGAGAGGAGACAACCGGUCUCGCUCCCCAUCGGAAGCAGCAGUACCAGGAGGAGGAAGUAGGCGACCCCUUCCCUCCACAGCCAACCCCUAACCCGGUACUGGGUUUAGUAGAGAAGAUGUUAGCCUCCACUGACCCCCUUCCAGCAAAAGAGCUGGCAUUCGGACAGAGCACUGCUGGCCUCUGCCCAUUAGUUCCCCUCAGCAACCUGGGACAUACAGGCCAGAGCCGGACACCAGAAAUCACCAGGGGCAGUAAUGGUGUAUUGUGGGUGGGCUCCUCUGUUAACUGUUUGUUGUGGGUGGGCCACUCGACUAACUCAGGUACUGACCGACAGAAGGUCAGGUACCUGGUUAGUCUCCCCCCCAAUGGGAAGAUGUGUGACGAAGGGCCCUUAGCCACUUGUCCCUGGAGAGGACUAAUUGCCAGCCUCCUGCCCUGCGACUAUGGCCCCUGGAAGAUUUUGCCCUUUAAAUACGCCAUUUGGGCAUAGUGGAUUUUAUUAGACUGGUUCUGGCCCUUUAAAUGCUCUGACAAAGGAUCUGCAGUUUUGCUAUGCACUUCGGAUGCAGAGUGUGAAGAAAACCCCUGUUUUAUGGACUUAGUUUGACUGUUCUAUUCCCCCCUCGUCUUAGAACACCAGUUUAAACCCUUAAUAACUGUCAUAUUUUCAAACUCUGUCUGACCCUUUUAACGGUCUUUUUGCUUUCCUCUGAGGAGGAGUUGUUUUGCUGCAUGAGUGCUGUUGCUUUUGUGUGCUCAUUAAACAGACCUGCUUGACCCUUUCUUGAAGCCUUGGCUUGUGGUUGGGGGAUGGGAUAAGUCUGCAGUGCUGAUGGUGUUGGUUGGAGUGCUUGGAGUCCUCGGCAAGCACUAGGAGCAUCGAUUGACGGAGGUACUCGGUUGGAGUGCCAACGGGUCCGUCACAGUGUCUAAUAAAUCUGAUAGUGAUUGGAACAGUUUGCUAUGGAUGGGUAGUGUCUUAGGAGAUAAUGUUGUGUCAGAUUUUUUGAUUCCUUUCAGUAAGGUUUUAAUUUGGUAGGAUGAUAGGAAUCAUGUUUUGUUAGGGUGUUGUAUCAGCCUGUGAUGUUGAAUGCCCGUUAGGUAGAGUUUGAUAGUGUUAAAUGAUAAUUUUAACUUAAGGUGUCAAAAGGAAGUAAACCCCAAUAAGGACUCCAUAGCAAACAAGUCAUGAAUUUGAAAAUUGGCUCUGAAUUUAGUGAAAGCCCUAUCAUAAGAUUUCCUAGUGUUAACCGAGAGUGCUAGUUCGGUAAGAUUCUGUUUUGUGUGAUAAUAAAACAUUUAAUCCAUUAACAUGUCUCGGAAAGGAGGGGCGGAAUGGUGGGGCAGAAGUAGCAAGACAGGAAGCAGUGAGCAGAGUCUUGCGGAAUGCCUGCAAGCAAAAACGAGACAGGUGAUAAGCCGAUACGUUAGUGAGAAAAAAAUGAUAAUUGGCCGCCACCCAAGUGAGUCUCCUCAAGAACCACAUAAUGACCAAAGAUGAUGACCGGCCUUUGUUUACAAUCUGACAGGUAGGUAGGUUGUCUGAGAAGCAUAUGACCGAGUGACCUGCCCAGCCAGGACCCCAGGCAAUUGCUGCAGUUACUAUUGGAUAUAGCUCGAAUAAGGCCAAUGUUUUGGAAAAACCUGGUAGGGACUUGACUUCAUUAGGCCAAAGAGCCCCGAGUUAGUGAUUGCCACAGAUUGCUGCGAAACCCGAAUUGGCCGCAACAUCUGUCCAGAAUGUUGGGGAAUGGUCGGAGAUUGGGGGAAUAAACAUUGCUUUCCCGUUCAAUGUCGUGAGAAAAUUGCGCCACAUCAGUAAGUCAGCCGUCGCUUGUGGGUCUAAUGGGAUGUGGGUAUUGUCUGAGGGAAGGUCAGGGAACAAACAGAGUAGUCUGUAAAUAAAGGAUCUACCUUGUGGGAUAACCCUCAUGGCAAAAUUGAGCGUACCAAGCAGAGACUGUAGUUCUUUAAGGUUGCAAGAACCUAAUUGCAAGUAUAGGUCAAUGCUUGAGAGGGUGCACUCAAUCUUAUCAUGAGGAAGAAAGGACUGAAUGUUGACUGAGUCUAGCUGAAUACCCAGAAAAUGUAUUACCGUGUCAGGACCUACUGUCUUUUUUGGGGGAGACCAGUAUACCCAGGGACUCAAAAAGACAGAUUGCUGUGAAACUGCAAAGGGGUUUGGGCGUUGUCUUUAAUUGUGAUGAAAUUGUCUAAAUAGUGUAUAACAGUCAAGAAUCUGCACACAUUAAGUAGCAAAGAGCACAACAUUUCCGCAAAUAUAUGGGUUAAUCACCUCAGGGACUUUCAGUGGAACCAGAGAAUUACCCGGGAGUGAUGUUGAUGAUCCAGCCGGGAUAGGAUCGGUAAAUCUAGUAAGUAAGCUCCAACUUCUCCAGUCUAUCGUCAAUUAGUCCAAUAGAUGAUAACAACGAGGUCAUCAUGGCAUGGACAUCAGGCAGCUGGGAACCACUAGAACCUUCCCCAGCAUCAGUGUUGUCAGUGGUGGUAUUCAGUAGCCUGAACCACUCAGCUUUCCUGGCAGUAGCCGGGAAUAGAAUAUUCCUCCUGCAGAGCUCAGCAGUAAUACGCGGAAUAGUCCAUGAUCUGAGUGAAGAUAGACUAGGGAAGGAGUACCAGACCUAGUGGGGGUGCUGGGAAGGGACAGUUCCUCUGCAACUUCAGGGAACCUGAGACAUACUGAAAUAUAAAAUUACCAUUAGUGUGAAACUCAACUAGUACUGGCAGACUAGCUAUUGCCAUGUGGCAAAAAAAGUUUACUAAAAGGGGUGACAGGUGAGGCCCUGCUAGUUGCCAAGUGGCUUGAGAGGCUCUAACUAUGCGUUGGCCCAAGGUGAUUUUGAGGUCACCUAACAUUGUGGCUGGGGAAGCGGCCUGUCUGUGACAACUAAAGCAGAAGACAGUAUGGUUCAACAGUAAAAGUAGAGUAAGGGGAGUAGUAAGGUACAGCAACCUAAAGAUCAGAAAGGUAGGAUAGUAUCUGAGAAUGUAGGGAUAUGUGUGGGCCAGAUCGUGGACCCAAAUAAGGUAACCUACCCAAGUAUCUAGAUACGAGGUGAAAUAUCAAAUACUGCCACGAAAUGAUGAUUACCUUGUGACUGGAAAAGGCUGGACAGAGAGCACAUGACCAUAAACAACUGAGGAGGGUUGAAGAUUAUAGCAUAAUUACUAAAAAUAAUGUGACCAACCUAGAAGUGACAACCUUGAUGAGCUGCCAAAAGGCAGAUUGGGUCCACAAUUUAUACAGAUUAAUAGUCCUUGAAUGAACCUGUGGAUACAAUAUGAACAACAUAUAGAUGUUAACAAAAUAGCAGAAAAAAAGAUCUGUCCCAAAUGUAUAAUAAGUGAAAAGUCUGUAAAAUUAUUUAUUGUAAAACUAAAAAGCACUUGCACACUUACCACAACCACCAUGCAUGUGGUCUUAUUGUGGUAGUGUACAGGUCAAAGGCUAAAUAAACUAAGUGAGGGUAAUUUACAGUAGGAGGGGGAGUGAAAAAAACAAAUAAACAAACGGACAGAGUCUGAGUAGGAACACAACUCUGGGGUUCAGAAAUACACCCCAAGAGAAGUAAAUGUUAGGUGCCCUAAGCACAAAAUAAAAUAAAAGGAUACACAAUGGAAAAUUAGAUAAAGACCAGUAUCUGUCUAAACUGGUGUGCAAUGAGUGUAUCCAAAGACUGAUACCAUUGUGUCAAUCUGAUAUGACAGAGUCUAGUUAGCAAUACUCUGAGCGGUAAGUGCCGUGUCAAAUUGCAAGAUUGGCAAAUAUGCCACUGGCGCCUUGUGCACUUCACAGAUGAAAGCAGGUUCCCACUGAGCACAUGUGACAGACGUGACAGAAUCUGGAGACGUCGUGGAGAACGUUCUGCUGUCUGCAACAUCCUCCAGCAUGACCGGUUUGGCAGUGGGUCAGUAAUGGUGUGGGGUGGCAUUUCAUUGGGGGCCGCACAGCCCUCCAUGUGCUCGCCAGAGGUAGCCUAACAGCCAUUAGGUACCGAGAUGAGAUCCUCAGACCCCUUGUGAGACCAUAUGCUGGUGCGGUUGGCCCUGGGUUCUUCCUAAUGCAAGACAAUGCUAGACCUCAUGUGGCUGGAGUGUGUCAGCAGUUCCUGCAAGACGAAGGCAUUGAUGCUAUGGACUGGCCCGCCUGUUCCCCAGCAUCUGCUAUUGUGUACAUAGUUUAUACUACGUGACCCAUAGGUCGAGGAGGCGGUGACAGUGGCGGUGUAGGUGGAAGCGGCGGUGGAGGAGGAGGUAGCCAACACUGUUUAUAUAUAUAUAUAUAUAUAUAUUUUAUUUUAAUUGGGGUAGCCCCCAAAAUAUUGAGACAUACAAAAAAAGAUUUGCGGCCUGCGGUGCAUUUCUUGCAGUCCUGAUGCAUGGAGAACCUUGUCUGAGGAUCUCAACUCCUGAUGCAUGGAGAAAAGGCCUUCAAAAGCCUCUGCUAAUGUGUAGCGCUACAUACAUAUGUAAGAUUCGGUUGAGCCAGACCAGAGCGUGCUUUUCCCAAUAACAAUUUCAAAAUGAAUAUGUUUCUUUCCGGAAUACACCUAUAAAAUAAAUGGGGCCUCCAAUAGUGUGAUACUGCAAUAUAUUACAUAUUAUCAUACAAGAUAACAACAACACACUCACAUUCUCCUGAGCUAAACACCAAGCUCAGGGAUAAACGCUUGUAGGUCCGUAGAGGCGACCUUCCCCUUCUUCUGGUUGGGUGGUCUUGUACGGUAUAUACUAGGACUCAAAUAGAAACCAAUAUAUAGUACAGUAACCAAUAAUUCCAUAUAAUAUGUUAAACGAUAUACUCACAAAGGUAGAGCCUCUUUUUUCGGCUCUGUCACAGCACGUUGUGUAGUGAAAGACUAGACUCCUGUAUGCAGGAACCGACAGCCCACAGAAAUAGGUGUGAAAAUUUUAUUGUAGAUUUAAUAAAAUUAUAAUGGCCAAUAAACUUACAACCAAUCUCCCAUAAUGGGAUACCAAUAACAUACAAUAAAAAUGAAGAUGAAAAAUAAUAAUAUAUAUUAUGGGCAUGAAAGUAUUCUCUAAAAGUUCCCAGGACACGUUUCACCGUAAUCCAGACGGCUUUAUGUUUUUUUUUUAAUUGUGGUAGCCCACAAAAUAUUGGGACAUACAAAAAAAGAAACAUUUGCGGCCUGCGGUGCAUUUCUUGCAGUCCUGAUGCAUGGGGAAAUGCUCAACUCCUGAUGCAUGGAGAAAAAGCCUUCACAAGCCUCUGCUAAUGUGUACCUAGUUUAUACUAAGUGACCCAUAGGUUGAGGAGGCGGUGACCGUGGCGGUGGAGGAGGAGGAUGAGGUAGCCAACACUGUAUUUUAUGUUUUUUUUUUUUAUUGUGGUAGCCCACAAAAUAUUGGGACAUACAAAUAAAGAAACAUUUGCGGCCUGCGGUGCAUUUCUUGCAGUCCUGAUGCAUGGAGAAAUGCUCAACUCCUGAUGCAUGGAGAAAAGGCCUUCACAAGCCUCUGCUAAUGUGUACCUAGUUUAUACUAAGUGACCCAUAGGUUGAGGAGGCGGUGACCGUGGCGGUGGAGGAGGAGGAUGAGGUAGCCAACACUGUAUUUUAUGUUUUGUUUUUUUUUAAUUGUGGUAGCCCACAAAAUAUUGGGACAUACAAAUAAAGAAACAUUUGCGGCCUGCAGUGCAUUUCUUGCAGUCCUGAUGCAUGGAGAAAUGCUCAACUCCUGAUGCAUGGAGAAAAGGCCUUCACAAGCCUCUGCUAAUGUGUACCUAGUUUAUACUAAGUGACCCAUAGGUUGAGGAGGCGGUGACCAUGGCGGUGGAGGAGGAACCAGCGGUGGAGGAGGAGGAUGAGGUAGCCAACACUGUUUUUUUUAUGUUUUUUUUUUUAAUUGUGGUAACCCACAAAAUAUUGGGACAUACAAAAAAAGAAACAUUUGCGGCCUGCGGUGCAUUUGUGCAGUCCUGCAUGAAGAAAUGCUCAACUCCUGAUGCAUGGAGAAAAGAAGGAGGAUGAGGUAGCCAACACUGUGUUUUUAUAUAUAUAUAUUUUAAUUGGGGUAACCCCCAAUAUAUUGGGACAUAUAAAAAAAGACAACUCUGUUCUGCAGAGUAGCUGUUGACAUUAUAGUUGCGCAGGAACUUUGUUGACUCUAGAGAACCUCAGGCAAAUCGCACAUCCCCGUGGCAGCGACUUUGCAUGUGGAUGUCAUCCAUAUCAACUUUCGAUGCCAGUUUCUGCGCCAACCAUAGUGACCACGGGUAAUGGAGAAUCAGGGUUCCAUUCCGUACAGGGACCCUAAGAAUCGGCUACCACAUGCAAGAAAGGCAGCAGGCGCGCAAAUUACCCACUCCCGACGCGGGAAGGUAGUGAUGACAAAUAACAAUACAGGACUCUUUAGAGGCCCUGUAAUUGUAAUGAGUCCACUUGAAAUCCUUUAACUCUGAUCAAUUGGAGGGAAGUCUGGUGCAGAGCCACUGACCCGUGCGUGCUGCAGCUGAAACUCCACUAUCGCCUGCUGCUGCUCGCACAGUCUCAUGAGGCGGUGAGCAGGGAGGCCGAAGUUACGCUGCAGCGCAGACAGGCGAGCAGCAGCAGGGUGACAACGCCAAAAGUGCGCACAGCCGCUACAGUGAAUGUCACAUCCUGUUCCAAGUUGUGGAUCAGUCUGGUGAUGGCUUCUGGUAUCAAGUACUCUUUUUACUGAAGCUGCAUCAGGGUCCUGGUAUGUGGCCGCACAAACGCUGGUGCUCAACACCAUGGGGUGUGCGGUUACCCUGCACCAGACCCUGCUAAUCCAUUCCACACUGUGACUCCUAACUUCAACAUCAGGCAUACUGGGUACCGGUCGUCCGACCGCCACCCAGACAGUGUCUGGGUCCUGGUCACCGGACUGCCCACCUCACUGUGAAACUACAAAUGUAUCGGUAAAUCUGGUACGAACCCGAACUUUGCAGUUAGGGUUCGCUCAAGUCUAUUAUGGAUCCUUUGAUCGCUACAUGUAUUACUUGGAUAGCUGGUAAUUCUCAAGCUAAUACAUGUCGACGAGUGCUAGGGGACGGCCGCUCCGCUUUUGCACCCUGCUCCCUCUUAUGCUGUGCUGGUGCCUCUGUGCGACCAGCGCCUCUAUUGCUCCAGAAUUACAAUAUUGUUGAAGUACCUCUUAGCUAUUGAUCACUGGUUUAAAUAUAGCAGCUUGUUAUCUGGUAGUUUCUAGUGUAGAAAAUAUCAAUCUGUUUUCUAUCACUUAGAUCUGUGUAACAAGCGUUGUAGGUGUGAAACAAUAUUACAAGUGACCGAUGUAGUAAAUGUGAAUCAAAGUUACACUUCGAUUUGACUCUCAGAUAUGAAGUGAACACCCCUAUUUAGCACCAAAAAAAAAAGAAUUUACUUUUUAAAACUCCAAUGUAAGCAGCAGAUUAGCAGCAAAGAAAUUAGAAUGUUUACAACUGCGCUGUAAGCACACUAUUAGACGCUUCUAUUUGACUCUCAGAUAUGAAGUGCACGCCCCAAAAUGUACUAUUUAGCAGAUUAGCACCCAGAAAAUAAGAAUGUUUACCACUGCGCUGUAAGCACACUAUUAGAUGCUUCUAUUUUGCACCCCACUAAUGUACUUUUUGGCACCCAAAAUUUUUAAGUUUUAUAACUGAAAUGUGACAGCAGUAUUUGACGAUUCUAUUUGACUCUCAGAUAUGAAGUGCACCCCAUUAAUGUACUACCCCACUAAUGUACUAUUUAGCACCCAAAAAAAUUUACUUUUUAAAACUCCGAUGUAACCGUGGUAUUUGAAACUUCUAUUUGACUCUCAGAUAUGAAGUGCACCCCACCCCACUAAUGUACUAGUUUGCAGAAUUCUUUCCCAAGCUGUCCCUAUCAGCGGCAGCAUCCUCUCCCUACACUAAUAAGACCGCAUGUGCGUGCGGCGCUACGCAACUCCAGCUUAUAUAUAGAGGAUGGGUCACAUGCUGCACUGGCCAAUCACAGCCAUGCCAUUAGUGUAGCCAGAUCGCAACUGAGGUAAAGUUCUAACUGACCGUACACGUGGUUAAAGCUCAAAAAUAUGAGCUUGUGGCUGGUCAACUGUUGGGAGCUCCUUGUGACAAAUGAAUGCGGGCGCCCACUAGCUCUCCGGGAGCAAUCGUUCACCAUAGUCUGGGGUACCUUCCUUCCAAUUACCACUCUCCUGGCUGGUUGGGAAAGGGGAUUGUAACGGUAGUCACCAUCACUGGGAGCAGAAGGACACUUUACAAUGGUUCCUAAAUGGCUCCUAUGUCUAAGUCACCCUGUGCCUCUUAUAGGGUGUCUACACAAGUGUGUGUAUACUGUAAAUUGUUUUUUGUGCUCUCCUGUCCUGCCGAUGCUAAAUGGAUUUGGCUAUGAAGCCCGUAAAGCAAGGCUUGUUAAUUUGCAUAUUCAGGUAGAUUUGCAUAUUGCUAAUUCUGAAGGCAGGAGAGAGAUUUGGUGUUAGAUAUUUUCUUCCCCAUACCUUUAUAAAUAUGUUAUUAUGCUAUUAUAAUUCCCUGUGUGAUUUUUACAUAUGUUUUGGUUAUUUAUAUUUUAUUAAGACUGUCACAGCAAUCCUUGUAUAAUUAUCAUAUGGUCUAGUGCCGAGUUAAAAUAAAUAAAUAAAAUAAAGUAUUGCAUGUUAGUUCCUUUUGGAACUGGAUGUUUUGUGUGGAUUUGUAAGGAUCCCAAUGAGAGUCUUCGGACCUGUUGGCUGGUUGCACGUUCCCUCUAACCCUGAGAUAAAUCAAGAGAGCUAGGCCUGAGAGCAAUAGCUAUAACCACAUUAUAGGCAGUGUUCCGGAUACCUGCCUGAUGGAAAAACUACAGCGUCAUAAGCAGAGACGACGAUACCUACCUGGAAUGAGAGAGCUGUAAGGAAUAAGCAGAGGGGACAAACCCUGUCUGGAAGAAUGGCUGCAGCUGAAUUGGCAGAGGGGAUGAUACCUGCCUAAAAGGAAAGAUGCACACACAGCAGACACACAGUAAGAGUACCGUCACAUAUACACAGCACCCUUUCACACACACAAGGGGCCCUCACACCCACAGGACCCUUACACACACACACCCACCACCACCCUCACAAACACACACACAGUACCCUUACACAUACACACAUACACUAACAGCACCCUCACACACACACACAGCGCCCUCACACACACAUACCACCCUCACAAACAGACACACACUGCACCCUUGCACACACAGCACCCUUACACACACACACAGUGCCCACAGACACACACAGCACUGUAUGUGUGUGUGUAUGUAUGUAUAUAUAUAUAUAUAUAUAUAUAUAUAUAUAUAUAUAUAUAUAUAUAUAUACAGCGUGUGUGUUUGUGCUCUAGGGUGACCGCCUAUGUCGGUCAGAGUACAGGAGUUCCGUCAGAGAAUACGCGGGGUAAUGGUGACCGGAAAGUGAGGGGGGCUCUAAAUAAAUAAAAGCUAAGUUUUAUUUUUAUCUUAAAUACAAGUCCCUGGAGUGCUAUCAUUCUGAAUGGAGUAUACAUAUACAUGUAUGUCUGUAUAUAUGUGUGUAUGUGUGUAUAUAUAUACACACACACACACACAGGAUAUCACAAUAGUGAGUAAACCCCACACAUUUUUGUAAAUAUUUUAUAUCUUUUCACGUGACAACACUGAAGAAAUGACACUCUGCUACAAUGUAAAGUAGUAAGUGUACAGCCUGUAUAACAGUGUAAAUUUGCUGUCCCCUCAAAAUAACUCAACAUACAGCCAUUAAUGUCUAAACCGUUGGCAACAAAAGUGAGUACACCGCUAAGUGGAAAUGUCCAAAUUGGGUGCAAUUAGCCAUUCCCGAUGUCAUGUUACUCAUUAGUGCUACAAGGUCUCAGGUGUGUUAAAUUUGGUGUUAUCACUCUUACACUCCCUCAUACUGGUCUGAGCACUGCAAGGCUGACCGCCCACCCCUUCAACCUCUGCAGUAAUGCUGGCAGCACUCGCACGUCUAUUUCCCAAAGACAACCUAUGGAUAUGACACUGAGCACGUUCACUUAACUUCUUUGGUCGACCAUGGCGAGGCCUGUUCUGAGUGGAACCUGUACUGUGAAACCACUGUAUGGUCUUGCCCAGCGUGCUGCAGCUCAGUUUUAGGCAAUCUUCUUAUAGCCUAGGCCAUCUUUAUGUAGAGCAACAAUUCUUUUUUUUUCAGAUCCUCAGAGAGCUCUUUGACAUGAGGUGCUAUGUUGAACUUCCAGUGACCAGUAUGAGAGAGUGUGAGAGCGAAGACACCUGCUUCCCAUUCACACUAACGAGUCACAUGACACUGGGGAGGAAAAAAUGGCUAAUUGGGCCCAAUUUGGACAUUUCCACUUAAGGGUGUACUCACUUUUGUUGCCAACGGUUUAGACCUUAAUGGCUGUGUGUUGAGUUAUUUUGAGAGGACAGAACAUUUACACUGUUAUACAGGCUGUACACUUACUACUUUACAUUGUAGCAGAGUGUCAUUUCUUCAGUGUUGUCACAUGAAAAGAUAUAAUAAAAUAUUUACAAAAAUGUGAUGGGUGUACUCACUUUUGUACAUACGAAUAUAUAAAUAAAUAUAUAUAUAUAUAUAUAUAUAUAUAUAUAUAUAUAUAUAUAAAGGCUGCGGCUGUAAGCGAAACCUUAAGUUGUAGGAGGGGUUAUCCAGCCUAUAAAUGCACAGGCCACCCAUUCCUCUGGGCCAAUACUGCCUGGUUCAGUACAGAACCAUGUACUUCUGGUACAAAAGUCAUCAACAGAAACUACCUAAGCUCCAAACAAGCUGGUCUUGGCCUUGUGCGGCCUACGCAAGUAUUUAUUUUACCUUACCUCAGUAAACAUAUAGCCGACUCCCUCGAAGCUCAUAGGGCACUCCCGCGUCCUUCCCAGCUGAGGCUUUUCCUGUUGCUAUUCACAUAUUUUUUACAACAAAACAGUCCAUUUGUUUGUUCAGUCCGAGUAUUGAGCUCACAUUCAGCCUUUUACUAACUAGGGUGGCGCAGUUUAGUCCAUAUUAGGCCCUUAUUACGAUUGGAGUUGUUUUUUACAUUUCAAAGUUGGGCGGUGCCAAAUAAAGGAUCCGUCCCGGGUGCCAAAUACUCCAGGUAUGCCCCUGCCCAUAACCAUACUAAAUUGCAACGGGUCUACUCAUAUUUUUUCAACCUUCAUUAAACCCCAUUUAAUUGUAUCAUUCACCCGUAACUUCUCAUUAGGCCUUAAUUUGACCACCCUGCAGCUAGGUAGAAUUACAUUGUGCCCUCAUUAGGCUUAUCACACAUAUAAGUUUAUAUUAGGCCCUCACUUGGCCUUCCACAACAAAUGCUUCAUAUGGCCCUCAGUGGGCAACCUACUAUGACCAUCAUUUUAGGACAUAUACAUGUGUUAUGAUCAGUGGUACCAUGUUACUCAAAUGUCUCAUCAUUAUCAUCUCAAAUUAACAGACCUGCCAUUACGGGCCUCUCACGAGUCAAGUUGGUUAUGUGCACUUUAUGAAAUGGAGCAGGUCUGCCAAUUUGCUUCAUGAUAUGUAAACUGCAAUUCCUCAACAACCAUUAAUGAACCCACUCCUAUCAUUUCAUACACCCGCUAAUUCUCAUACUUCCCUUAUGUAGCCACCCCAAUACUCAUGAAUUGCAAUGAGCUCUCUCAGCCUUCUACUCCUAUACCUUGACACAUGGCCCUCAUUAAGCGUUUACUACAUAUGCUUCAUAGGCCUUCAUUACAAAAGCCUUGGUGUGUUUACUGCUAGGACCUAAUUUGGGCCUUUCUGCCACCUGGGGAGUUAUAUAUUACAGUAUAUUAUAUUUAAGUACUUCACUUGGUGUAAAAAUAAAAAAAAUAUAUAUAUUUUUUUUAAACAGAUAACAUACCAGAGCAUCACUACUAUCCAUAUGCAAUUCACAAUCUAUUUCACCAUUCUUACAACCUUGGUACGAUUAACCUACAUUUGUUCAUGCUAUAAUCGUACAUCUCAUACAGCCUAUUAUCCACCCAGCAGCUCAAGACUUACAUUGGGCACUAUCAGCAUUCCGGUGCAAUACCUCUACACAAUGCCCUGACUAGGCCUGCACUCAGUACAUUACUUCCGGCCCUCCGUGGUUAUUCCACUAUGACACAAUUUCGGACCCUCAUUUGGGCAAUUACAUACGACAUUUCCAGCUUUUCAAUGGUCAACGACAACCCUAUCUUACUACGGUUGACUAUUCCUCUCCACCUUGUUAGGCCUACCCUUCCUAUAUCACCCUCUUUCUGCAUUCCCAGGAACCUUGAACACCUUAUUACAGAUUUCGACCAUAUUCAGGCCUACUCGGUGUGUCACGGUUUUGCCUAAACCUUGUCUAAUCCACAACUCUUGUCAUAACCACUUACUAGAUCUCACAUAUUUCUCUUCCUGCUAGUAAACUAGAGCUGUUCCCAUCUUUCUUAUACAUACUAUAGGAGAUUUAGGUUUAUAAUCCUAAAUUCCAUUAUCAUCUUGGUUUCUACUAUCCCUUCUUAUCAUCCUCUUGUUGACGAUUUAAUCCUUAACCACAACACAGGUACGUUAUACACUUAUCUCAAUUAGCACUUACACCGUCCUGGACAUAUUCUUAUUAGCAUUCCCAUUGUGUCUUUAGGUACCUCUCUAUGAUAUUCCUUUCUCACAUUCAACCACACAGUAGUUGGGCAGAAUACAUAUGUUCCAACAUACUUUCUAUCAAUUCAUUAUGUUUCUAUUCCCUUGCAUUCCUAAGUUAUAUAUCAUCUGGCUGUAAAGGGUAUUGGUGCAGACCAUAUUUUAGGAGUGUAAACAGUCCUGAGCAGCCAAUUCACAUGGAGGUUUUCGUCCAUUGGCCCAACUCAUAGCUAGAGCCUUGCUCCAACUUCUCAAGGUUAUUAGAUAGGGACUCACCUGUCACAGCCACUUAUUUGAAUCUCUUACUUGUCACCUAGAGGCCAAUAUUCCCACCUCUUCGUUAGGUGGCUUAAGUCCCUCUACCAAUUCAUAGCUAAUGCCCCUCAAAGCCACUUGGCAUUUAGUAGGGCCUCGCCUAGCUAAUUACUAUACAACCCGCCAGUUGAUGCAGGGUUACACUAUAACCAGCAUGACUGUCACAUUUACUCUUCAUCGUAGCAUUUCUCACAUCUUGGGAAAUACAAUAAUGACAAACUGGAGAAGUUAGAAUCUCCUAACUAAGGAGUUCCUAAGUCUUCAUACCUCUUACUUCCAUCCUCUCAGGGUAACAUCACUAGUUAACAUUGAUGGAAGGCUAAGACAUCAAUUUGGUCUCCUUGUUGAUUUCCUCCCAAGACCUCAUAGAGAACUAGGUUUACUGCUACUGAGAUUUGUCAGUAGUUUGCAAGCUAGAGAACCCAGACUGAACAAAACUGACUAUACCCGAAUCCAUUCUGGCCUUUGGUCUAUAUAGAGAUGUCCUCUUUUACACACCCUUACACACCUAGACCUAGAUCUCUAUGUUACAUACAAUGGUGGACAUGGGGCACAAGUAUCACGGUUGUACAUUCUAUGACUAUUGCUAAUCUUUUUAGGCCAAAUUGACCGCAGCUUGGCUCAAUUCAACACCUGUUUAGAUCAGAGCCUAUUAUACAGAACUAUUCUGCCAUCAUUUCGCAGGCAUUAAAGCAUUAUACUUUUGUCACCUCCAACUUUCACUCCACCGAUUUUAUAUUCUAACCCAGUUCGCCCACUAAGAGUCGUACUACACAAGAGUUUAAAUACAAAUUAGGCAGACCUAUUGUGUUCUUAGGUAAGGUGCAUUCUGCAACAUUUUCAAUACUGGUAGUUGUCUUGUACAUAAGUAACUGGCCACAGUGAUACACAAAGGGGUGCCGUGAAAUGUUUCCCCAGUGCACAGGAUUUGCAGCCAUUUUCAAGAAUAACUGGUUCCGUGACAUAUGGCCUGCAGAGAUGCAGAGUCUACCCUCUUUUGGGUAAACUUAAGCUCUCUUCUAAAUAUACCCUAUCGUGCCCACCACACGUGCCUGGGGGUCUCUGUGCAGGGGAUAUCUGUCAAAUGCUACUGAAACACAGCAGCAUGUAAUAUUAUAAAUAAAGGUUGAUCCUCCUCACUAACAAUAAUGAGGUUAAUAAGGAAUUUGACUUGGCUGGCAGCAACAUAGCAAUCUUACCUUGUCCGGAUACAAAUACCAGGCCACCACAACAUAGCACCCAAAACUUUCUCUCAAUCACAAUUCCAGGUAUUGUUCCAAGCACACCCAACAGCUGCCAAACGAUCUACCAAAACCCCAACAUUUCAGGACCUGAUAUAGCAUUAGCUCAUCUCAUGACCAUGGUAGAUCGCUGGCACAUGCAGCACUCUCUGCCAAUAACAACCAUUCAUAUAUUAGAUUUCUGAAUAUUUAAAAAAAAUUCACUUCAGAAUUUCUAAUCGUUAAUCCAUACUCAUUUGAUACCAUGGUGGCAUUCAAAUCCUUUUGCCACGUCAACCUUAAAUUAGGUCACAAUACGAUAAAACUACUUGGAUACAGUCUUCAAAAUUUUCAGAUCAUUCUUUUAGAAUAGGUGCUCCUUCUGCAGUCUCGAACGGAAUAUCCCAGUACAUGUCAUUGAUGGAUGGGAUGGGGAGAUCAUCUGAAUACACUAGAUGCAUCCCUUAACCGGAGAAGGAAUUGAGGCAAGCACUUAAAGUAUAGUUUACAUAAUGUCAACACGUAUUAAAGUGUUAAACUGUUAAACUUUUGCACUCUUUUUACAGGUCUACCUAAACUUGGUUUAGGCACACCAUAACCGACACACCACCACUACUAUAACUCCGCUUAUUGUCACCGACCACAAUAGGAAAGUUGUGCCUAAAGUUGUGGGAGGGCUACCCGGCUUAUAAAUACACAGGCCACCUCUUCCUUUCGACCAAUACUGACCUGCUUCAGCUCACCCACUGCUCCCUUUGUCAAACCAUUCAAUUUUGGUGGGCCCUCUUUUUACAGGCCUACCAGAACGUCGGUUUUGGCACACCACAACUUAUACCACUAAUAUAACUUAGCUUAUUGUCCCUGACCACAAGUAUAAAUAUAUAUAUUUAUUUAAUUUAUUUUGUGUUUCGAAAGCAAGGAAUUGUGCUGAAUAGAAUCUAUAUAUCUCCCAAAAUUCUGCAAGGUUCCCACUUGGUGUAAUGCAGAAUAUUAGCCCCAGGGAAGUUUAUUUUAAAAUUGAUAUUGCACUUUAUGUGAAGAGCAGAGUGGGUCAGUGCUCCACUUCACAUGUUGGAGGUUGCUGGGAGAGUGCAUGCAUUUACAGAAUCAGGUGGCAUCUCUCUGACAGCCACUAGAAGUUUUUCCAUAGUGGACUAAUGCGUCUUGCUUGAGCUCCAUAGUAAUAAGUAGUAACUAGUAAUCCCAGACACUAUAACCUCAGGAGACUUUUGGCAACUUACCAGGCUUUCUAAGCACACAACCCAACACAAACACCAAGCAGUCAUCGGUACUAGUGUGAGACAGCUCUGUGGCUUACCUGAAGGUAAGGAUGUGAGAAAGGCGGACAAUCUUUCUGCCCUAUGUCGCUUGGGAACCUACAGCAUUAACAUGCAAUAUUAUCAAUACAUACAGCAUAUUUGCUAGUAGAGUUGAUAGUUUAGAUGGUGAUUUAUUAACAUACAAAACAAAUUAAAAUAAGUUAGAAUGCAAGUACAAACUGCUAUACAGCAAUAGAUAUGUGCAAACAGAUUUGCUGCUUACUGGAGUUAGUGGUGAGUGAAACGGUAUAUUAGCCCGUUACUCACAUACACGUUUUCCCACACUGGGAGAUGUCUCCUGGGGGUCGGUCAGAUGAAGUGUCAUUUUAUCAUAUGAAUAGAUAAACUCAUUUCUUUAUGUUCUAUCAAAUGAUAUGUCUUUAUCUGACAGACCUACUUGCAACAUGCAAUGAAAUAAUUUACUCGGAUAUGCCGAUGUACACUAGCACUAUUUUCUAUCUGUAAUUAUCUCAAAAAAAAUUAUUUACAAAAAAAAAAAAAAGCUGCAUAAACAGAAACUAAAGUAAUUUAACUCCUAAAUGGCAGAUAAUUGAUUAGAGAGUCUGCAAGGGCAUGAUCUAUACACCAAAACUGCUCUCCACCGACAACUUUGUGAAUGCAUGGUAUGCCCUUCAUUCUAAGAGCUAUGAUUAAAUCUUCCUAUCCACAUAUCUAGCUCAAGCACUGAUAUUUUAUCUAUGUAUUUCUAUUUUGCAUUGAAACAUGGAUUUGUACAGAUUAACUAUUGAGCUUGAUUUGUGCUGUUUUUGUUUCCCACCAUAUUUCAUUUUUCCAUCACUUUUGACCUAUCCACAGGUGUCUAAGCUGCUUGAAGAAAUGGCCAAUACGUACUUACUAUUUAGAAAUGAGAGUGAUGCUCGGAAAAUCCUUAUUGCUGAAAUUAAUGCGUUGAAAUACCAACAAGAAGCCAUGAAAACAGCUUACAAAACUGGUAUUUAUGCAGUUUAUAUAAUUAGUUGGUUCUGUAACACCACUUCUUAGCAAAUUUUAACUCUUAAUUAUUCAACACAUAAAACGUAUUAUUAUUGGAAUGUGUGAGCAGUCUAUGGCUUCAAGCAUAUACAGGAGCCCAUUUCAUAGCAUACAACCCAAAGAAGUGACUGUGUUCAUUUCAGUUUGAUAUAUAGUAGUCUGUAAGUUAUUUUACAUACAUCAGAUGAUUAAGUGAUUUGAUGUAUAUAUAUUAUUUUAGAUGAAUGGAUCUUUUCUUAAUAUUAUCCUGAUCUUUUAUUGAUGGUUUGCAUAUGUGUGUCAUGUGCUAACCAUGUAUAUAUGUUGGUGUUUGUUUGCACUUGCGAGUAUCACAUAUUUCUGACAAAAUGUGUAUGUAUGUAUGUGUGUAUGUUUGUAUGUGUGCGCAUGCGUGUGUAUGUGUGUAUAUGUACAGUGAGGGAAAAAAGUAUUUGAUCCACUGUUGAUUUUAAAUGUUUGCACACUGACAAAGAAAUGAUCAGUCCAUAAUUUUAAUGGUAGGUGUAUUUUAUCAGUGAGAGACAGAAUAACAAAAAAUAAAUCCAGAAAAACGCAUGUCAAAAAAGUUAUAAAUUGAUUUGCAUGUCAAUGAGUGAAAUAAGUAUUUGACCCCUUCGACUUACUACUUGGUGGCAAAAUCCUUGCUGACAAUCACAGACGUCAGACGUUUCUUGUAGUUGGCCACCAGAUUUGCACACAUCUCCAGAGGGAUUUUGUCCCACUCCUCUUUGCAGAUCCUCUCCAAGUCAUUAAGGUUUCGAGGCUGUAUUUAAAUGUUUCUAUCAUAUCCCCUCUGUCUCGUCUUUCCUCCAAGCUAUACAAGUUAAGUUCCUUUAACUUUUCCUUGAAAGUUUUAUCCUGCAAUCCAUGCACCAGUUUAGUAGCCCUUCUCUGAACUCUCUCUAAAGUAACAAUAUCCUUCUGGAGAUACGGUCUCCAGUACUGCGUACAAUACAAGUGAGGUCUCACCAAUGUUCUGUACAAUGGCAUGAGCACUUCCCUCUUUCUACUGCUAAUACCGCUCCUUAUACAACCAAGCAUUCUGCUAUCAUUUCCUGCUGCUCUAUUACAUUUUCUGCCUACCUUUAAGUCAUCAGAAAUAAUCAACCCUAAAUCCCUUUCCUCAGAUGUUGAGGUUAGUAAGGUAUCAAAUAUUCUGCCUUUGGGUCUUUGCGUCCAAGAUGCAUUAUCUUGCACUUAUUCACAUUAAAUGUCAGUUGCCACAACUCUCACCAUUUUUCUAGUUUUCCUAAAUCAUUUGAGAUCAUUAACAAGAUCCUCCCGUGUAGUUCUGUGCUGAUUCCUCACCGUUCUCAUGAUCAUUAAAACUCCACAAGGUGGGAUCUUGCAUGGAGCACCAGACCGAGGGAGACUGACCGUUAUUUUGUGUUUCUUCCAUUUGCGAAUAAUUGCACCAACUGUUGUCACCUUCUUACCAAGCUGCUUGGCGAUGGUCUUGUAGCCCAGUCCAGCUUUGUGUAGGUCUACAAUCUUGUCCCUGAUAUGCUUGGACAGCUCUUUGGCUGUGGCCAUGGUGAAGAGUUUGGAAUCUGAUUGAUUGCUUCUGUGGACAGGUGUCUUUUAUACAAGUAACGAGCUGAGAUUAGGAGCACGUCAUCUUCCGGCUCCGGUAUCAGUGCGGUGCGCGAGGGAGCUGAAGAGGAAACACUGAGUGCUCCCUCGCGCGCGCGCCUGCCCGACCGGCCACCCGCCUGCCCGACCGGCCACCCGCCUGCCCGACCGGCCACCCGCCUGCCUGGUGUCAGCAGGGCCAGCCUCGGGGGGCCCUGGGGUGGUUGGCUCCUGGGACCCCCAGGGGAAGAGGCUGGCCCAGUGGGUGCACACCGGGUCGCAGGGGCGGCCGGGUCCCCUGGUGGGCCGGGCCCGGUCGCAGCCGCGACCCCUGCGACCCUGGUAUGUACGCCACUGUUAUCAUUUUAAAAAUAUAUAUCAUAAUCAAAAUCUCAAAAGUAUAACUUUUUGGGGAAUUAAACAGGUAAAAAAUAUAACUGAUGAGGAAGUGAUUUUGUUAAAUUAAUGGGGCAGGGGGCAGGGCCUUACCAUCAAGAAGGCCAGACACUAAAUGCAUCUUGUACUUAAAAGCUGUUAAGCUACCCUUUGAUGUCCUACUUUGCCAUAACCUGAUAAUAAUGGCCUGUGUGUGUUCAAGAACGGUUUAACCCCUUAAGGGAAGAGUGCCUCCAGGGGCCUCCUGGCACCAUAGCAACUUAAUUUAGAUGAAGUUGUUUUGGUGCCUGAAGUGUCUCUUUAAAAUGUACAAGUACAAAAUUGCCAAUACUAAUGCAUCCAGUAACAGACUCUGCUGUGCAGAUAAAAACAUUUUAAAUGUGUAAAAUAAAAAAUAAAUUUCAGUGCAAAUUAUUCCUGACUUCAAUAUUUGUCAUAAUCUUUUAUAAUCUUUGUUGUAGAUGAACAUGGAGAAGACCCUGUGACGUUAGCAAUUGCAUUAAGGGUGGCCCGAAAAGAUCUAACUCAAGUGCAGGUUGAACUAAAUACAAUGAAAGCUGAUUAUGGAGAUGUUGUUCCCAGGAGAAACUUUAAUAACCAGGAGAAAAAACUUGCAGAAUACUCACAAAAGGUAUAUUUGCUUUGUAGACAGGUGUAGAGUGGUGUAUUUAGGAUUUGUGCUCCCCUAAUUUAAAUUUUCCCCACCCCUUCCUGUCAAGGCCGCACUUUGACUGACAGACGCUCACUCACUGACAGACGCACUCUCACUGACAGACGCACACCCUCACUGAUACACACUCUCAUAUACACUGACAAACAAUGACAUAUACACACACACUCACUGAUUUGACACACUGAUAGAUAGACGCACACUAUUACUCAGACACUCACUGAAAGAUACACACUAUUACUCGGACACUCACUGAUAGACAGACACACACUAUUACUCGGACACUCACUGACAGAUGCACGCACUGACGGUCCGACAGACACACACACAAUUAGACACACACACACUAACUUAGACACACACACUUACAGACACACUCACAGACACACACAUUCACUCACCCAAACACACACACAUUCACACACACACACACACACAUUCACUCACAGACACAAACACACACAUUUCCACCAAGACUCACAAAUUAUAUUUUAAAUUUUUAUUUAAAUCCACCCAGCCUCCCUGGGAGAGCUGAAGUGGAUUACUUACCUGCGGUCCAGGGAGCUCUGAUUUUCCUGCUCAGCUCCCUCGCGCACCACUUAGUGAUGCCAGGAGCCGCAGUGACGUCAUAUUCUGGCUCCUGGCUUCAUUAAGCUGCCCGCUGCCCACCUCAGGGGGGCUCAAAAGUGGCCAGCUCUUGAGCCCCCCCAAAACACGAGGCAAACAAGGGAUCUGCCUGAGCGUUUGGGGGUGGCUUUUUUUGCCGCCCCCUGCAAAGUGCCGCCCAAGGCAAAUGCCUUGUUUGCCUCGCGAUAGACUCAUCACUGAGUGAAUACAUCUUGUGUGUAACAUAUGUAAUAAGGGUAAGAGGGGGACUCCAUUAUUUAAGGCUUGUUAACUGCUAAAUUCUGAUAAAAUGCAUCCAGCCCUUUCUAUGUUGGGGCUGGAUCCAUUUUAUCAGAAUUAAUAGUUUUAACUUUUUCAGAUUUUUUUGGGGGGGUCUAAUUAUUAUCGCAGAAGUCACAAGAGUUGUUUUAUCUUUCCCUCUCAACUUUGUUAUAUUGCUAUAUUGAAUAAGAAGUAUUAUUUUAAAAAAACACACAUUUCCACCAAGCCUUCUUCACAUAAAUGUUCAAAUAGCGGUUAUAAUAACGGUUUAUCAGAGAACUAGUAUAUUCCCAAUCGGUUAUUAGUGCAUAAAAACAUUUCAUAUAAUACACAUGCAUUUCAUACAUAUGCAUGGUGUGUUUUCCUCUUCCCUGACCUACUUUUAUUUCACAAUUACAACAAAUAGUUUUCUUUGCCAUUUGUUACUCCGUUUGACUCUUUAUUUUUUGUUGACAAGCUGAACUUCUCCGAGCAUGCACUAUACCUUGGAUUGUAAUCAGAAAAAACAAAAUAUAGGUGGCGCUCAAGAAUGAAAGAACCGAAAAAACAGUGUUGCUGCUUCACCCAAGUAUAUUGUCACUAAAAUAUACUUAGCGAUAGAGAUACAGUGUAAAGUGAAAAAAGGGGUGAUAAGCGCACACAAAUAAAAAUAAGGAAUUGAUUACCUCAUCUUUUUAUGAAAAACAUAAAUAUUCCUUACAAUAUACUUUUCUGUGGUAACCAAUGUAACAGGAAUCAGGAUUUCUUUAUCCUAUAUUAAAUGAAUAAAAAACAGAUACACAUAGCAUAACCUGUAUAUAAAAUAUAUGAAUUUAGGGAAAUAGUCAAUAAACUCACACUUUUCAGAGCCACUUAGAAGUAGGCUCAGGACUUGGCAUGCAUAUCAUCUCAUCAAGGAGAUAUUAGAUAAAGCUUUCAGCGGUCACACUUUUCAGGAACUCAGGAACUCAGUACUGCUGUCAAAAACAGGAACUCCAGAAUCCAAGGUGAAAGUUUUAAAAGGUGAGUAUUAACAAUAAGUAAUAAACAACAAAUGUAACAACGCGUUUCAACCCCACAAUGGGUCUUUCUCAGGUGCUGAUAAAAGUUACACUAAUGUGAACAUAUAUAUAUAUAUAUAUAUAUAUAUAAACAUUAAUUAACAAUUAAUUGCACGUUAUACAAGACACUCCCAUCACCAAAUAUGGUCUAAACCGGAUACGUGUUCUGCCACCACCAAAAUGGCGACAUUUCCGGUCCGGAUUCAUAUCCCCGCCCUAUUGCUAGCCUUUUACAUGAAACUAAAAUCACACUGUCAUGUUACUGAGCAGGUCAGAGAGGAGACGUAUGCUGAGGUUGUCUUCAGGUAGUUUAUUUGAGUUAUUAGUGUUUAUUUGAGUUAUUGAGUUAUUAGUUUUUAUGGUUUAGACAAAGGUAACAAAGAAUAACAGGAUAAAAAGAGAAAACGAAUAAUAAAGAUAAAGGGAGAAAGCAGAACCUAGAAACAGAAUUACAGGUAAAUAUGAAGGAGUAGUAGUAGAAGAAAUAGGAGUUUAGGCAAUAUGCCCCAAAGCAGGUUUACAGGAGAAAGGGAAACCUAUCAGUGAAAUAAUAGGUAACAAGUAAACAUAAUAUUGUCAGACAAUAAUGAACAGCAUAAUAAAGGAUAAUGGAAUUUGGGUUGGUUCUGAGUUAAGGUGAACAGUCUCUUUAGUUUGGAGGAUUUGUACUGAAGUUACCAGAUAAGUGGAUCAGGGUUUUCCAGGAGAGUUGCAGUUAAUAGUAUGGUUAGUAAAGUCCAGGUAGGUUAGAUCCAAAGCAAAUAAGGAAUCGUUAGAAAACAAAGUCCAGUUUGAAUUAAAGCAGGAUCAUUGGGUGAAUCAGGAUGGAUCAAAGGAAAUCAGAGUUGAGCAGGUUAUCAGGAAUCAGUUUGAGCCAGGAACAGAUGUUUUGUCUGUAUCAGAUCAUAAACAAGUAUCAGAAAGAGCCAGGUGUAGAACACAACUUCUCUCAAUGUAAAGGUCAUGUGAUGAGUUGGGUGUAGCCUUUUAUAGCAGACUUGGAAGAUCAUAUGAGGCAGGUGAGAGAAACUGAGGAUUGACUAGUGGCUAGGGAGGCCACUAGAGGUGUGAAACAAAUAUUGCAGUAAUAAAAUAAAACAGUAUCUUGGUUGUCAGGAUAGGAUCCUGACAUCCACAUUCAAAGCAAAUAGAGAGAAAGCAUAUAAUAGUUAAAAAACAAAGGGACAUAGAAGGAGAUCCUUCUUUCCUACAAGGCAGAGUCAAACUGGAUAUCUUUCGAAUCCUCAAGCGAAAUCGCAGUCAUUGUGUAGUUCCUGUUGCGUCACUUCUUGUGACGGAUCGGGUCUGUAUUGCAAAGUCGGAUACUUCACUUCCUAUGACAGAAAAGAAAAUGGGGUGGAACAGCGCUACAGUACUGAUCACAGGGGUGAAUAGAGCUGCACACCUGAGGGGAAGGGCAAUCCUCAAACCCUUCAACAAAUCUGGGAAAACAGGAAACAGCAAAUACAGGGUGCGCUAAGUAGAACAAUGAAAGAUAAUAUACACAGAAAAAAGGAAAUACAAAAAGUCUCCACACAUUCUACCCCAAUCACUACCCCGACUACAAUAAAUACCCCGACCAUAAUUAAUACUAAUCUUAAGCCCCAAUCUAAAUUUUAUCCAUCCAAUUUUAAGUCCGGACCUCUAGAAGUAUUUGAAAAAGACUUUGGUAAAAUCAAGAAGAAGAAGUCAGACAAACCUAAUCUAAACCGCACCACAGCACACGAGAGGCAGAUGAAGCCACAACUACACCAGCAGAGCACAGCAACUGCAACAUCGCCCUGCCCUCUAAUCACUGACCCCCGGCGGAGAGGAAAAGUGGACAAGGCACCAGGCACUCGGAACUGCAGGGUCGUGUGCAAGAAGCUCGCUGGACAUUGGCAACCAAGCUGUGGCGGCCUCCCACCAAGAGGCAUCGGAUGAACGGCCCACCGGGACAUUAACCACUCAGGCAAAAAUUGCGGUGCCCAAAUCCCGAUAACGGCCUAUUUACCUCUAUCCCUUCCUAGUCACAAUGGACACAAUCCAGUCCCCUCUUUGCUACCUACAAGAGCCAACAGCAUGUGCUCACAUCUGACUGAUAUGUAUAUGUAUAACUGUUAUCUCUCCUACUCUUAACAUACUAAUGUUCAUUUACUUAGCACAUACUUUAUAACUCACAUAUACUACCUGCUAUUAAGCUAUGUUGAAUAUGUCUUCACUUACUAACUAACAAUAGUGCAAGUAUCGAUGUAAAAUCCACGGUUACUAAUGUGUGCAAAGCUUGAUGGAGAGGCCAUCUUGUGACAAUACCUUCCUGAUAGCUUGUAAUGUGGCAACACCUUCCUCGGGUGCCGUCCAAACUGUUAAGCAUGUAAUUUUAUUACUUAACCUUAAUGUCAGUCUGCAUUCCGGUCUUCCACGUUUUAUGUUGUCUAUUACACUGACAUAGCUACUGUUUAACCCAGAGUCAAGCAUGAAUAUUAUAAAAAAUGUGCAGAUGUAACCUAUGUCUACUAACCCAAUAUAGCCGGCAUCUGCUGUCGUGGCAAUGCCGGCAUGUUUGUCAUCACUAUGCACACCAAAAUACAGAAUUUAUUUUAAAAAAAUAUAUUUCUAAAAAAAAAAGGAUUAUUGAAAGAAUAUAUAUCAAGAUAAAAACAGUGAAAUAAAAUAUUUGUAUUAAAAGUGCACAAAAAAGGAGCAAAAAAUACAGGGAUGAGAAGAUAAAAGCAAAAAAUAUUUUUAUAAAAUAGGAUUGAUUUCAAAAUCUAUAUUUAAUCCUUAGGAGCCAAAGUACGUGGCUCAAAUAUCCAUUUGGAUUUCUGUAUACUUAACUUUUUGGCAGUAUUUCCCCCUCUACAGUGUAUAUUAACUUUAUCAAUUGCACAAAAUUCUAAAUGUCCUGGGUCUGACAUAUGUUUCUCUAAGAAGUGUCUAGAGACACUAUGGUUUAAGAAACCUUUUUUGAUGUUCCUCACGUGUUCACUUAUUUUUACUUUUAUUGGUCUUGAUGUCUUCCCUAUGUAUUGUAGUCCACAAGUACACCACAAAAAUAGAUUACAUUACGUGAGUGGCAUAUGUUCACAUUAGUGUAACUUUUCUUAGCACCUGAGGCAGACCCAUUGUGGGGUUGAAACGCGUUGUGCUACAUUUGUUGUAUUUUACUUAUUGCUAAUAAAUACUCACCUUUUAAAACGUUCACCUUGGAUUCUGGAGUUCCUGUUUUCAACAGCAGUAUUGAGUUCCUGAGUUCCUGAAAAGUGUGACCACUGAAAGCUUUAUCUAAUAUCUCCUUGAUGAGAUGAUAUGCACUACAAGUCCUGAGCCUACUUCUAAGUGGCUCUGAAAAGUGUGAGUUUAUUGACUAUUUCCAUAAAUUCAUAUAUUUUAUAUACAGGUUACGAUAUUUUUAUCUGUUUUUUAUUCAUUUAAUAUAGGAUAAAGAAAUCCUGUUACACUGGUUACCAAAGAAAAGUAUAUUGUAAGGAAUAUUUAUGUUUUUCAUAAAAAGAUGAGGUAAUCAAUUCCUUAUAUUUAUUUGUGUGCGCUUAUCACCCCUUUUUUUCACUUUACACUGUAUACCUUGGAUUGUAUUUGAUUUUGCUGCCCUCUUUACUGCUUAAAGCGGCACUGUCAUGCCGAACUUACCUUUCCCUAAUCGUUUCCUCUUUUCUUCCUCUCUCGGGAUCUGUUUUUCAUUUCUUCCUAUCUGAUCUAGUUUUCUUUAAAACAUAAGACAAAGUAGGGACUAUUUUGUCUUAUGUAUAUUUCCUACGCAUGACCAGCGGAGGAGCAAAGUGUGCUCCAUUUCCUGUGGUCAGAGCAAUUUCCCAAAAUUCUCACCUUUCCUCUGUGAUCUCGCGAUGCCUCCUUUCACUAUUCACAAACGUCCUGUUAUUUAGACAAAACGCAGGCGAAACUACCAAAUUUCGCCCAAACAUAAUGAGAACAGUUGUUCAUUCAUGUUAGGACGACAAUCUUUACUUUUAGGUCGGUUUGAAAUUUAAUUCGAAUGAAUGAAAUAUCGAUCUGAUCCAUGCUGCGGCUGGAGCCUUCCCACGCCCUGCAAUUUGGCUCAGAGUACUUUGAUUGGUUGGAUUCCAAGCCAACCAAUCAGAGUGCUGUGACAGGUAAAUGUAGAGACUUACCUGUCAGUCUCUUCAUUUACCUGUCAGAAAACUCUCAUUGGUUGGCUUAAACCAACCAAUCAGAGCACUCGGAGCCAAAUUGCAGGGCGUGGAAAGAGAACCAUUAAAUUGGGUAAUAGUAACAACCCCUGGAUGUUGGGCUUAGGUAACAUCCCCAGGACGUACUUGAAAACCAGAGUAAUCUGAAUGCCUUUCCUGGUUAAAUACUUUGUUAUUAUUAUUUUACCCGCCCUGCAGAGCUCAGUCUGCGUGAUCCCCCUGCUGGGUGAAGAUGGAUUAUUUUUUUUAGCGUCAGGAUUUAUUUAUUUUUCGGCAGAUUUUUUUUUAUUCUAGAAGUUUGACGGAUAUUACGAUUUUUUUAUUUGGCUUUUUUGGGGGCUGAAAAAAGAAGGUUUUAGAAAAAAGAAGACAUCAAAUGGUAAGUAUUUUUGUUUUUAUUUAUUUACAGGUAUUUAGUUUUAUUGUCUCCCCUCACUACUAUUUUAAGGUGCACUUAUAAUAUAAAUAUUUUAUUUCACUGUUUUUAUCUUGGGUCUCUAUGAUAUAUAUAUAUAUAUAUAUAUAUAUAUAUAUAUAUCGAGAAAUGUUUUUUAUCAUGUAUGAUGUGUUUUUAGCACUUUUAAUGCUGAAAUUUCUUCUCUUGCCCUCUUCUUCUAUAUGAUAUUGAUGUCUUCUUCUAUAUGAAGACAUUUGGUCUCCCCACAUUGUCAUUUAGGGCCCCCACCCACCACUCAUGGGUGAGGGCCGGGGGGAGGACAAUAGGUGCCCCCCAUUGCCAUUUAGGGCACCCACCUGCUGCUUAUGGGUGGGGGCCAGAGGGAGGAUAAUAGGUUUCCCCCCCAUUGUCAUUUAGGGCCCCCACCUGCAGCUCAUGGGUGAGGCCCAAGGGGGAUGAUAAUAGGUCUUCCCCCCCCUUAUUGUAAUUUAGGGCCCCCACCCACCACUCAUGAGUGGGUGCUAUGGGGGGCUUUACAUUUUAUUUUCAUUUUUUUUUUUUUUACAGUGAGCAGCCACAGGCUACUUACUGUUUAGUAGACAUGCCCUUACUCGUGGCAUAGCGAGUAGGGGCAUUUGGGAUAUUUCAAUCUACCUUAUGCUAAUAUGGGGGUCAUACCGAUGAAAAUUCCCAUUUGAAUUUCGGACAAUAGCCCCAGUGUUUAAAUGGGCAUGUGCGGGAAUUUUAAAGCGCUAUCUAGUGUGAGCAGAUGACGUGUCCCACAGGGCCUUCCUCUACCCACACAAAGUUUACGGCACCCAGGACCUAGGUCCAGGCAUGAAAUAAAGAUUUUUUAAAAGUUAACAUGGGGAUCCUAGGGGCAUAUGGGGGUGAGAAAUUAGAUGUAGUAGAGUCGGGAGGGGGGGCGAGUAAAAAAAACCCAGAUGCGACCAUGACAGUGCUGCUUUAAUACAGAUUUCCUUGACCAUUUUUUUCCAUCAAAAGUAAAAAUGACUGCUUUUCUAUCUGGCCACGUUUCCCUUGAUUGCUGUGUGCCAGAAAGGGUUUGUUUGUUCUUUUUUUCUCUCUCUCUUUCUCUUAUUCUCCCUCUCUUUUCCUCCUUCCUUCCCAUGCUUCUGCCACACUUCCCCUGACUGCGACUCACACAGCCUCCAUGAAAAAGCUUUUAUUUUUAGAGCACAUUAGGUUUACUUUAGAUGUUCUAUUACUUGAACUUUAAUUUGCAAGUGGUUACUGUAAGCUAUAGCAGACAAUUAACAGAGCAGAAGAUAAGAAAUUCUAAAUUAAACACACUGUACAAUCAGGGAGGUUAAACAAAAUAGAGACUGAUAUGUUUAGGGCUGCAUAAACAAAGUGAUUUAACUCGUAAAUGGCAGAAAACUGAGUGGAGACAGUGCAGGGGCAUGAUCUAUACAUCAAAACUACUUCAUUAAGGUAAAGUUGUUUUUGUGUUUAGAGUGUCCCUUUAAUGUUUUACAAUGCUAUUUACACUUUGGAGAUGAUUUCCCAAGGAAUGCACUCUAUCGAAUAUAGUGUUUGGAUGAACAACGAUUGGUUGGAGAAGGUAGCAGUCAUAGGCGUGCGCACGGGGUGUGCCGGGUGUGCCUGGGCACACCCUAAUCCCCGCAGCACACCUAUGUAUAUUGAGACUGGCAGGGGAGAUCUCAGGAUCUCCCCUGUCGGCUCAUGCAGAGCCGGCGCUAUCCGAGCGCCGGCUCUGCUCUCAGCCUCCCUACCUACCGACCCACAGGCAGGGAGGGAGGCGGGAGAGGACCCGGGGAGCUAUUGCCGGCAGCUCCGCCGGGUUCCUCUCGCGAGAUAUGAGCGUUCCUCUCGCGAGAUAUGAGCGUUGCCACGGCAAUAAUGCUCAAAUCUCACGAGAGUGAACUCUAUGAAACACAAACAGGACCCUAACAAACACACACACAGCACACUACCAGUACCCUCACACACAAACAGCACCCUCACACACAGUACAUUAACAGCACCCUCACAAGCGCACACACACACAAACAGCACUCUCACACACAGUACAUUAACAGCACCCUCACAAGCGCGCACACACAAACACCCUCACCCACAUGGCACACUACCAGCAACGUCACACACACAUCACACUAACAGCACCCUCACACAGCACACUCACACACAGCAGUGUGUGUGUGUGUGUGUGUGUGUGUGUGUGUAUAUAUAUAUAUAUAUAUAUAUAUAUAUAUAUAUAUAUAUAUAUAUAUAUAUAUAUAUAUAUAUACGGCGUGUGCUUGUGCUUUAGGGUGCACACCCUAAUGCAAUAGGCUGCGCACGCCUAUGGUAGCAGUGGCAGGUUCUCACUAUUCAUUUACAGACCCCAUCCCACCACGAAUGGGAUGAGAACCUUGACUACUGGGCAUCCAUAGCUGCCCCACAACUGCUAAACAGAGGGGUAGAGGAGUAUAUAAUGGGGGACCAGAUACAGGCCCCCACUUUUUCUAAUUUUAUUUACACCCUAUUCCACUGUUCAUGGAAUAGGGUAUUAAUGGUGAUGCAGCUACCAACUUAUCACAGUUUAGUAGGUAUGCAUCCCAUGAAAGGUGAUAAGAAACGAUGCAACCCUUACAAAAGUUAUGUGGGGAUCAUAUUGGCACCCACUGGCUCUUAUUUGUUAUUUUUUCUAAAUUUGUUCUAGCAGCUGGCAAACUAGGUUCACAACUGUCAUUGCUCAGUUGUUCUGUGCUCUGGCUGUGAACAACUGGUUGCAUUUCAGUCAUUGUCUCCCUGGUAUUUGACCUUCACAUGGCUUUAUCUUUCUGACCCCUUGUUGCCUGGAAUUUCUUACCUUGGACUGUCUGAUUGUUCUAUCUGAAAUACACCAGUUUGUAUUCUUUUGACUUGGAUUUUUUCCCUCCACAACCUUUUACCUCUUGGGUUCCCUUUUUCUUAAUCCUUGACAGCCCUACUGCAAAAAUUGUUUCAUGAAUAAGGUUUGCAUCUUACCACUGUAAAGGUGAUCAGUCAGCUAACUGCAUAGGUGGUGGAAAUUUGAACCCAACUUUUGCAAGCCAUCUAGAGGCAGUGCAGCAGUUUUAGUCAACCUUAUGACUACUCAUCAUCUCCAGAUUUUGUCGUAGUAGGUUUGGAUUAGGAUUCUUAAAUGGAAACUACUCACCAGAACAACUACAGCUUAUUGUAUUUAGUCUGGUUAGUAGAAUCAGUCCCUUCAGACUUUUUGCAGUAAACACAGUCUUUUCAGUGAAAAUACAGUGUUUACAUUACAGCCUAGGCCUAGGGAUGCCGCCACUGGCCACUGCUCAGAUGGCUACUAGAGGUGCUUUCUGGGGAAGUGCGGCACAGUGAGCAGUACUGCCAUUCAGUGUUUCCACCCUCUGCAUGCAGACACUGAACUUUCCUAAUAGAGAUGCAUUGAUUCAAUGUAUGUCUAUGAGGAGAUGCUGAUUGGCCAGGACUGUUUGACUUGUGCUUGCUCUGCUCCUGAUUAGCCUCCUUGACAGCUUCAGCCAAUCCUAUGGGAAAGCAUUGUAAUUGGCUAAGACCACCACUUCUGAUUAUAUCAGGAGACAGGAGCAGAGCCAGCAGCUGCAGACUUGAAUACAAGUAAUAUUCUACUAUAUUUAUGAAGGCAAUAAGGGUCAGGGGGGCUAGAUGGUGGUUUUAACACAAUAUGGUCAGGAAUACAUGUUUGUGUUCCUGCCCCUAUAGUGUUCCUUUAAUGUUAUUGAACAAAUGGGUGGUAUGAAUAUGCUGGGUCUCCAAUUCAACCCAAAGUAUGAGAGCAUCAUAGGGAAGGGGAGCAAAGCUUAGACCAUACAUUGCAUGCACAAGCUAUUCCUGUCUUUCUUUUUAGCCUUUAUUAGAUGUUAAAAGUAAUGCAAUGUCUAAUGAACUGUCUCUGUCUUGUGUUGCAGAUUGAAGUGCUGCAGAAGGAUCUUUUGCAAUUGCAGACUGAACACAAAUCUCUUUUAGAGAUCCACAAUCAGGUUCUGCUAAAAGACUCUGCAAAAGAACAACAGAGUAAGGACACUCCUCACCCAGCAUGGGAUAAUUGUGCAGGUAUUUAAGGAAUCAUGCAAAUGUUUUUUCAGGCAAAAAGAAAAAUUAUUAAAGUGAAAUUCAAAGUUUUGUUUUACAGAGAAAUGUUUCACUUGAGACAGAAUCUUGGUGAAUGCAGUUUAUAACAGAAACUAUUUACCUAGCCAUGAACAGUGACCGACCAGGUUGUACCGGGUCAUGUGCUUCCCCUGAAUAGUCUAGGGCAGUUAGAUUUUUUUUUUAAACUUCACUUUUAAAGGUACCACCAGUCAACUGUCUGUAAAGAGAAUGCGUGCAAAGCAUUAUCCCUGUUGUUGGUUGAAGUAUUCCGACUACAUCUUACAAAGCCUUCCUGUUUUUUGGGGGUGGGGGGUUUGUAAAUCUUUUUUAUUGAGGAAAUGCAAUAUACGUUGUAAGGCUCGCAGGGCCCAUUAAUAUAUACAUUGAUAAAUAAUGUUUAUACGUGCCUUUUUAAAAGUUCUAUAUAGAUCCGAUCUUUUAACAUUUUUCGAGCUAGUUUUGUUUAUUUUUCGUUUCCUUUAAGACAACAACUGUACAGUAACUUAGCGAUCAUAACUGUGCCCUGUAUGUCUAUUGAUUUCAUAAACGCUUUCGUGGUCAUAGCUUGUUCCCAGGUGUCUGUGUUAUUCAGAUUCUCUUAUUCUUAUGUUUUGGAAUAUGUGUGUUCGAGGUAGGAUCCUCAUCAGAAAGGGAAGGGAUACGUGUGUGAAUGUAGAGAUAAAGGUAGAUAUUAGGGUAGAUAGUGAGGGCAGUUAGAGUCCCCAGGAGGUUUUGCCUUUUUGUGUGUGGCACUCCAUCUGCGUAUAAAGCGGUAGGGUCUUAAUUGUGGUUAACUCCUGUGGCUAUCACAUGCUGUUCAUUUCGGCUUUGUUUCAUGUGUCAUGUAAGUAGGUUAGGUCAGGAGCACGUGUCCCUAUCGAGGAAUUGUCUCACAGUGAGCUAUGGGAGGGUCGUGUAUCCCCCUUUCGGGAGUUGAACUUGUGGUGUAUGAUAGAGGCUCUCUGUAUCAUGUAUUCAUAACCUUCACUCCGUAGUCCGUCACUAAGGUUUAUGUGUGAGUAGCGCGUGGCCAUGAGUGGUGUGUGAAAGAUUGUUAAAGGGGGUCUCAGUGCGUAUUCUAUGUUCGCCGUUCCCCCUCCCGUCCCUCUCCCCACAUGAGGCCCCUCCGUCUAAAUUUUAUUGCUGUAGUGUUUUGUCAGAGAUCCUUGAGGGUCUCUCCGAUGAGAUGGAGGUCCAGAUAGGCACAAACAAAGGGGCGAUGGGAAAAUGAGGGGAUCAUCUCUCUGCUGCCCGUUCCCCCCUCCUCCUCCCAGGUCUCCACCCCGCAGGAUGGUCAACAGCAAUUCCAAUGUCCCUGCCCUGAAAAUGAACAAUGGCCGCCAUGUCUCCGUAUGCCUGCUCCCCCUCCCCGUCAGGGAGGCCUGGAAUGCCUCUGCUGCCUGAAUGUCCUCGACCCUUUGGAUCCACUCCCCCUGCGUGGGGAUCUCAGUCCUCUUCCAAUAGACCGGCACAAGAGACAAAGCCUUCCUGUUCAGUGUGUUAGUGUAUCACACUGUGAGGGAUAAGAGUGUGAUAAAACUGCUGCCAAUAUAUCAGACAAUCUGUAAGACUGGCUUUGCAACCACCCAACACUGUAAGGGAUCUGUAUAAAAUUAAUUGGUGGGGAUUGAGGAUGUUGCCAGUAACUGAUAAGUCUCCUUCCCUCUGAACACUUGUGGCUGGGCAUGGCACUAAUGUUUACACAAGCAACCAAAGUCAUGGUCACGCCUGACUUUUUUCCCAGUAAGAGGCUCUGGGGUACGAGCCAAAGUAGGUUCUGAAAAGUAUGCUUCAACCAUUUCUGAGACGCUACUCUGGGAUGAUGAUGUGGCUCCACUUCCAUCAUCAUGGCUCUGGUAAGGGCCAUAGCCCAAACGGUUGCUAGUCCACUUUGUCUGCCUCUGCCUAUAGCACUAUCACCAGCUAAGGAGGAGGAUCUCUACUGCCACUGCUAUAAGAAGUUUCAGUGCUUGUUUGAAGUGUUUCUCCAAAUGGCAACUGUUCCUCCAUUAUUAUAUGCUCCUCUAUCUCUGCGUAUCAUCGACUUUUUACGAAUAGUCUGACUUUCCACACAGGCAAAGUAUUGCUCCUUAUAGCCAGAUUGCCCUUUAUUCUUGGAUCACAAAUGGUAGCUAGGAUUAACUCUCUAGUGGUGUCCAUCAUUUCACACAUUAUACCUUUCAAUUCCUCCUUGAACCACCCAAUAAAACCGUCCAUGCCUGCAUGCAGCCUCCAUCCAAGUUGACACUCAUUAUUCUGUAGGCUUGCUUCCAAGUUGUUCUUUAGGAAUGUGAAUAAUGGAUUAACCUUUCCAAUGUUUUUUUGGUGUGAUUUAAAUGGAUACUAUAGGCAUCAAAACAACUUUAAACAACACAUCAAAAUUAAGAAAAGACCCUUUCUUACUUUUUUCCUUAAUUAAGUUCAACGUUGGUCUUAUUCUACAGAAACUUGGCAGUGUUUGGCUGAUAAAACAAUAAAUUUCAAAAUAGCAUUGCAUGAUAACUGGUCAGUGAUUGUGGUCACAGGAUUAGUCAGAAAAUGCGCCCACCAGACAUCGUGUUUGUUGUACUGUGAUUGUCAGAAUUUUGUGUUGCGUACAUGAUUAAUUAAAUGACCAAAUGUUAUUUGAACCAUGUUCGGUCAGGGAGCUGCAUGGUCAUUCUGACAUUUGCAGUACAGGGAUUUUCCCUUAUUUUUCUGACUAAAUCACAGAAAAUCAUAAUUUUUGUAAUUUGUCAAUGCCGAAUGCUUGUUUAAUAAACCGUUAAAAUAUGCACAAUUGUUGUACCAUAAUGAUGGGGGAAAAAAAGCUUGUAUAACAGUUUAUAUUCGAAUGUUAUACAAUAUUAAUAUUAUAUUUUACUUAUAAAUAUACCUAUUGAUGUAUCCAGGCCUACAAAUAUUUAAUGGAACACUGUAAUGUCAGGAAUGCAAAUGUGUACAGUGGCCAAAAUUGGCGUUCAAAUUAGUUUUUUGCGUUUUUCACACACAAACAAAUAUUAACGCUAACUUUUGCCAAUGUUUGUGACUAAGUGGCUACUAAAAAGACUGGACAUACCCCAUUUGCAAUACCUUGGGUUGUCUACUUUUGCAAAUGGUAUGCCAUCAUAAGGGUAAUUCUCAAUCCUGGGCUACCAUACGGUCUCAAAGGCAACGUAACCAAUCUGGCGAAUUUCAAUGUAAAGAAACUGAAAAAUUUAACAUGCUAUAUUUGACCCUGUAACUUCCCAAAACACCAUAAAACCUGUACAUAGAGGGUACUGUUUUACACGUGAGACAUCACUGAAUACAAAUAUGUGUAUUUUAUUGUAGUAAAAGCAAACAGUUUUAUGACAUUCACAGUUAAAAUGUCAUGCAGAACUAAAAAAUAAAAGUCUUAAUUUCUCACUUUUUUAUAUUUUAUUCAUAUUAAAUUAUGUUUCAUAUUAAAAUAUUUUAUGUUAAAUGAAAGCCCUCUUUCUCCUGAAUAAAAUUAUAUAUAAUAAGUGUGGGUGCACUUAAUAUGAAAGAGGUGAAUUACGGUUCAACAGACAUAUAGUCAACUUCCAAGUUUUGUUUACGUUUUAUUUUAAUCAAAACCUGUACAUUUAAGUGGUUACUGUGGAAGCCCAGCCCCCUCUUGCCCCACUUAAAAAAUGCUGUAAAACUCAUCUUUACUCUAGCGGUGUGCCGAUCUGUGUAUACCCCGCAAUCCCCUGUUUUUCUAGGUAUACAGAGUAAUAUAAAAAAUUAUCUGUAUUUGGUGUUGGUUAGCAAGGGUGUAUAAGGGGCGGUCAAUGCAGCUUAAUAUUUGUAGGUGUUUAUAUCUAGAAUAAUUAUUCCCAGCACUGGUGAUUUAUAUCUAGAAUAAUUCAACUCCAUAUUUACCUGAGAAUAGAACCCAGUUUUAGGGCUUUUUUUUACAAGUAAUGGAUUAAAUCGUUAAAACAGAAAAUGGUUUUCUAUAUGCUUACAGAUGUUUUCCCUGAAGACACUUGGUUGACAUUAUCUGCAGAAAAAAGCAGUGAUCAACUUGUGAGUAUUCUGCUGACUGAACUUGGCACAAGGACACUCAGUGAGAAGGACUUCUUCACUGGUAAGGUAUGUUGUAACAUAAAGCAUAAAAUGUAAGGUUGUUAUUAAGUGCACUACAAACACAAGCUGAAAAUAUUCUAAAUUGGGAGAACUCCACACCAUAAUCUCUGAGCUCUGUAAAUCCACAAAAUGUAACUAAAAUGUUUGAGUCAAGAUGAAAGAGAGAGGUAAAUUGUAACUGCUCUGCAUGUGGUAAGCAUAUUGGUAAAAGGUGCCUGGUGCGUUUUUGUCUAUACCCGUAACAGGUACCACAAGGGCUGUGUCUAUGUGGCAAGUUGCUAGCUUGGUAUGAAUGAUACUGGAACUAGAAUGGCAGUUAUUAAAGGAUCACUAUAGGGUCAGGAACACAAACAUAUAUUCCUGAUACUAUAGUUUUAAAACCAGCAUCUAGCCCCCCUGGGCCCCUCAUGCCUUCAUAAAUAUAGCAAAAUCCUACUGUAUUCAAGCCUGAAGCUGUAACUCUGCAUGCUGUUUGUCUCAGAAAAACAAGCAGUCUGCUGACAUCAUCAGAAGUGGUAGCCUGAUCCAAUCACAAUGCUUCUCCAUAGGAUUGGCUGAGACUGACAAGGAGGCAUAUCAAGGGCAGAGCCAGCAUGAUUCAAACACAGCCCUGGCCAAUUAGCAUCUCCUCAUAGAGAUCAACUGAAUCAACGAAUCUCUAUGAGGAAAGUUCAGUGUCAGAGAGAGAAGAUACUGAAUGUUUGGAUGCAUUUUAGACAGCCAUGACCCAGGAAGGAUCUCUAACAGCCAUUUGAGGAGUGGCCAGUGAAGCUAUCACUAGGCUGUAAUGUAAACACUGCAUUUUCUCUGAAAAGGUAGUGAUUCUACUCACCAGAACAUAUUCAAUAAGCUGCAGUUGUUCUGGUGACUAUAGUGUCCCUUAACAUAGAUGGAUGUUGACCAGUAGCAUAACUAAUGUAGUGAGGACCCUGGUGCAAUAAAAAUUUUUGGGAUCACUCAAGCACGAAACCAGGACCAAAAGGUAGAUCCUCAUUUGUCAUACAACUCCCAUGAUGGUAUGCCAGUUGGGGAUAUAUCGUUUGCCAAUGGUUGUAGGGUUGUAUUUGUGAGCAGUGUUUGUGCAUUUGAAUGUAAUCAUGUUUUUGUAUGACGUGUGAAUGCAUGUUGGGGUGUAUUUUAAUAUACUAUUGCCAUUGGAAUAUAGUGGUAUACUUGUGUGUAGUGUUUGCAUUUAAAUGCAGGGUUGUGUUUGUAUAUAGUGUUAUCUUUUAAAUGUACAUGUACUGUUGUGUAUAGUGUUGGUGUUUGAAUGAAGGGGUGUUUUGUAUAUACUGAAUUUUUUUAGUCUAAAACUGGGGGUCAUCUUAUGCAUGGAAUGUCACCACAGGACUUGUGCAUGGGGCCUGACACCAAACCAAGCUAGUCGCAUGUGGCUGGAGCUUGCUCAAAACGCUGAUUAUUAAGCCAAAUACUUACAAUACUUAUUCAGCGCAACAUGGGAACAAAACUUGGCUACUCGCUGACAGAACACUCAGCUGACUGUUGGGUUCGCAACUGUAAGGUUCCUGCGGGCAUAGGCUGUGUUGUACACCUCUGCGACCUGCUAGCAUACUUGAAGCAGAGAAGGUGCUUCUCCAUGAAUUUGAUCGAUUAUUUGCACGGGUCUGAGAGAUCUUGUGCAACCGCAUGUUUCCUCGCAUCACUCUGGACAAUACCACAGAUAGACGCCGCAGGGUGAGGACUUGCACGGACAUAGAGUAGAGGGCAUAGUUGCCGGCAACAGCAGGAUGGCAGUCCAGGAAACCAGUGUUCGGACGUGGCCGGACCUUGAGGAGUGGCCUACUGGAGUGUGAGAGGGCCCAGGACCGGUGGAAGAUUCUGAUCAGCUAAACUGGACUUAAGUGCUCUAUAGAUGUUUAAAAUACGUAUUUCUUAAUUUUGGGUUUAAAAAAUAGGGGUUGUCUUAUACAUGGCGGUGUCUUAUACAUGGAAAAAUACGGUAAUUUUGGCAUUUUAAUACAGAAGUGUGUGCUUGUAAUUUUUGUGUUUGAAUACAGAGGGUUUUUUGUAGGUAGUGUUGGCUUUUAAAUGCUGAUGUACAUUUGUGUGUAAUAUUAGUGUUUGAAUGAAGGAAUGUGUUUGUAUGUAAUAUGUGCAUUUGAUUGCAACGGUGUGUUUGCAUGUAGUGAUGGCGUUUGAUUGCUGGGAUGUAUUCACAUAUACACAUACACUGACACAUACAUAUUAACAUAGAUACACAUACACUGACACAUUCACAGAUACAUACUGACGCAUACACACAUGCACUCAGAUACACAUACUGACGCAUACACACACUCAAACACAUAUAUACACACACAUAAACAUACAUAUAAAUAUACAAACUCACACCCUGAUAUAUACACACACAGAUAUACACACAUGUCAUAAUUCUUGUUUUUAGCCACCCUUUUAUGUGCAGUGGGGUGGUUUUCCUGGGGGUCCUGCUGCUGGCGGAGUCUGAUGGGAAUGCAGGGCUGGCUGGAGUUGGGUCUCUCCUUGCUCUCCACCCUGUCUCUGCUUCCCGCUCGGCGCUCCAUGUAGCUGAGAGGAAGUGAGCUGCACUCCUAUCCAGGUUGCUGAUGUUAAAGUCACAGAGUCAUGCUGUUAAAGGGCCGGGGCACCCGACCAGACCCCUGUUCACCAAUACCCAUGGGGUAGCCUUGAGUGCAUGGGUAGCUGCACAAGUGGAAGUUCUGCACUGAGACUUAUGGAAAGACGUUUGAUGCUUACUCCUUAUUUACUGCAGGCACGCUGUAGGUUGGUAAAGGUAACUAGGAUUCUUAUCUAAGUAAGGUAUAAAGAGGGAAGGAAACAUGGAGAAAAAAAGCUAUGGAGGUUUUCUGUGUGGCUCAUAAGUUUGUUUUUGCAAUUUGUGUGUGGAACUGCUAGGCAGAUAAUUUCAGGACUGACUAACUCUACUCAAUGCUGUCUACCACAAGGGGGAACAAAACCCAAGGAGAGCUAAACAGGUGGAGUUAUAGAAGACUAACUUUUAUGGCAAGUGGACAGAUAAUAUGAUCUGUUCCAAAGACCAUGCACAGUGGCGGCUCUAGGCUUUGUGAGGCCUUAGGCGAAACUCAAACAUGAGGCCCCCACUAACAACCAAAGUGAAAAUAAACAGGGGUUGCAUUGUGUGUAUAAGGUGGGUAGUCAAACAUACUUUUUAUCUUGGAUUCAUUCCCCUGGUGGUCCUGUGGAUACCUAUCUGGUCUGCAGCUCCGUCGGGUGCAGAGCUGCAGACCACAUGGUACGUAUCUUGUGAUCUACUGAAGUUUUAGAGUGUUCUGUGGUAACCUGCGGCAACGUUCUGAUUUGCUGGAGAUCGCGAGACACCGCAGUCUGCAGCUCUGCACCCGGAGGAGCUGCACACCAGAGGCUGUACAGGGCGCUUUCCUCCCAGGGCAGACUGAAUGGAGUGGCAUUCCACCUAGUGGCAUAAUGAGCCAGCCGCCGGGCCCCCUCCUGUGUCGGGUCCUCGGUCAAAGACUGAGGACCCGACAUGUCAGUCUGCCCUAAGACGAUUUAGGCGGCCGUGAGGCCCCAGUUUGCACGGGGCCUUAGACGGUCGCCUAAUUAGAGAACCGCCUCUGACCAUGCAUUAUCACUAUUUUGAAAGGAAAUAGCAGUUUUAUAAUUUUCCUGGCUAGUUGUUUUUUAAUAUACCUACACUUUCCAAGAGGAUUCACUGUUACCUCCACCAAAAGUUCAAGGGCAGGGCUCUGAGAAAGAAUGUUUGGCAGAAACAGGAAUUUUAUGGGAGGCAUAUCAGACAGACUUAUCUGGAGUAAAAAAAAAAUGCAGGUUUUUUUACUUUCCCCAUAUUCAUUUUGUAGUUCACCUCUGCAAUUCCUCCACUUUAUUUCCAUUGUCAUCUGCAAGCACUACACAUGACUUAUCAUGCUCAUUACGAGCUCAUUAAUAAAAAGAUUAAAGAAAAGUGAACCCAGGACAUCACACUGUGAACCCAGGAAAAGUGUACCCAAUACAUCAUACCAGCUUUUUUGGCUGCACUUAGCCAAACUCUAAUGUUCAAUCCAAGAACAAGAAUUGUCAUCGAAACCAAUUGUGUUACAUUUUUACUGUACUCGUUAAUGUAAAGCACUGAAAGUAAUUUUUUAUGUACAAAGGAAGGGAAACUCUGUAUUCUUAUAUAAUUAAAUCAAUUUUAUAUCUUACUCAAUUCAAAUCCACAGUACCACCUUCCAAAUUAAUGUUAUAUAGUGUUUUCAAUUUAGACACCAAAAUUUCCUGAAAUGUCUCAUAAUAUUUGUAACAUUCUGCUCUAGGGAAAAGAGGAAGAUGUCCCCAUUCAUCUGCGCUACGAUGGAUUAGUUAAGAAUUUAAGAUUAAGCAUAGGUGAUGUGUCCAAUUUACUACAAGAAGUUUGGAAAGAAAAAAUGACAUUAGAUGCACAGGUACUAUACUUAAUAAUGCCAUUUCUUUGAUUACCUCCUUAAAAUGUAAUAUAAUUCAUAGAAUCUUAAUCAUACCUUAAAAGGUUACUCCAAGCAUCAUGACCACUUCAGUGAUUUAAAUGAGUCAUGGUGCCUCGAUUCUGUAUGUGCAGUGUUUGUCUGUAAAACACUGUAUGUACUGAGUUUAACUUCUUUGCUGCCAGAGGUGUAACUCCACCGCCAGUUGGGUUAGGGGGCGUCAUCAGCCAGCCUGGAACAUGAGUUCGGGGAUGGCUAAUGUCAGUUCUGUGUACAUUUCGAUGCACAGACCUUCCAUAACUGGCUAAGAUCCAUCAGCUGAUGCUCUGAGCCACUGAAUGUGUGGCAGGUUUGAAAUCCAUGCCCUGCCGGAUGAUGCAAACCUGCCUACAGAAGAAACUCUGCUCUGCUUCUAAUCGUUACGGAGUAAGCAGCUUGUGCAGGCAGCUGUUCACAACUCACCAACUUACCACUUUGAAGGUUUUCCUCUCCUUCUUAAUGACCUGACUAGGUCCACCAUCUUCUGGCGACAAUCUCUCCAUGCUAUCACUCAGCACUUGAGGGAACAUAAAGUGGCAUACCUUUGGGGCCUUGGCCGCAAACUAUCAGUGCUCCACGAUGGGAAGCAAAUCCAAUCACUGCAACAGUCAGACGCAGGGAAGUUCAUCAAGGCACUGCCUUUGCCAGAGAUUUUUCUGAAAUCUACUCCAGGCACAAGCCACCAAACCUUGGUCCAGGUGUGGGAUGUGAACAAUAUACAGCCUUUUUACCCGAAACUCAGACCAACAACAGCAGAGUCGAACUCGGCUGGCACCUGAGAAACAUCUAUAAAGAUGGCACAUGGACAUUCUUUACAACACCAGCUGCCACUGUUUUGCCUACCAGCCCAGUGGAGAUGACCUACUCUUGGCCAUACAUAACCCUAAUUUUGCUGGUUUUGUGUUUGUUGAUUUCUAUACGUUAGUGUUUUGUUAUAUGCCUUUUCACCAAAAUGAUUUUCUAUAAAUGCUCUCUCGCAAAACUUAUACCCCCCAUUAGUAGCAGAAUGUUCCAGUGUUUACACUACUCAUCACAAAAAUGUGCAUUGCCCAUCUGAUAAUGUCUUAUCGUUUGGCAGUUUUACUGCACUGUAUUCAUUACUAUUUUUUGUCAGCUGUCGCUGUCUAGUACUUAUUUUUGAAUGCACUCAAAAUGUAGCAUGCUAUACCCAUCUGUACAUUUACCUAUAUGCUACAAUAAAAUACAAAAUAAAAACAUUAAAAAAUUAAAUAAAAGGACACUAUAGGCACCCAGAACACCUCAGCUCAUUGAAGUAGUCUGGAUGCAGUGUCCCUAUUGCCCUUAGUCCUACAAUGUAAAAAGUUGCAGUGUUAGUGUUGCAAUGUAAACAUUGUGGUUUCUCUAAGAAAGCCUCUAGUGGCUGUCUACCAGACCGCCACUAGAGUGGCUUCCGGGAUCUUACCCGACUUUAGGUCACCUAACUGAUUCUGGACAUCCUCACGCUCUGCAUGAAGAUAUCCAGCAUCAGUGAAAACUCCAUUGGAAAGCGUUGAUUUAAUGCUUUCCUAUGGGGAGGGCCUUUAGGUGCUCGCCGCGCAUGUGCUUUAGCCCGACACUUUGGAGGAGGCGGAGUGCAGACCCAGCACUGAUCUCCCUUGGAUGAGUACAGAAAGGUUUUUUAACCUGUUAUUGACAUGAGGAAACAGGAGGAUCCUGGGAGAUAUUUCGACAUAGGGACACUGGGGAACACAGAGACAUGGGGACACUGGGGCACUCAGAGACAUAGGGACACAGGGGGAUCCUGGGAGACACAUAGACAUGGAGACACUGGGGGACACAGAGACACUGGGGCACCUAGAGACAUGGAGACACAGGGGGAUCCUGGGAGACACAUAGACAUGGAGACACUGGGGGACACAGAGACAUGGAUACACUGGGGGAUCCUGGGAGACACAGAGACAUGGGGACACAGGAGGAUCCUGGGAGACACAUAGACAUGGGGAAACUGCGGAACACAGAGACAUAGAGACACUGGGGGAUCCUGGGAGAUACAUAGACAUGGGGACACUGAGGGAUCCUGGGAGACACAGAGACAUGGGGACACUGGGGCACACAGAGACAUGGAUACACUGGGGGAUCCUGGGAGACACCGAUACAUGGGGACACUGGGGCACACAGAGACUGGGGAACACAGAGACAUGGGGACACUGGGGGACACAGACACAUGGGGACACUGAGACAAUAGGGGAGACAUGGGGACACUGGGGCACACAGACAUGGGGACACAGACACCAGGGUACACUGGGAGACAUGGGGACAUAGACAUGGGGACAAUGAGACACUAGGGUACACUGGAAUAGAUAGGGACACUGAGACACUAGGGAACACUAGGAGACACUUGGAGACAUGAAGACACUGCACUGUGAGACAGGAAGACAGUGGGAGCAAUCACUCUAUACUGCAGAAUCAAACUGUAAGUAGUUUUGUGGUUAUUUUAAAGAAUUUUCUGUUAUGUCACUCCUUGUGAUUUACAUCUUGUGAUGUCACGCAUGCAUAAUUAAUUAUGCAACUUAGUAUGGCCAGUACUUUUUUCCAAGAAAGGUGGCAACCCUAGAGCACCCAAGUCAUGCCAAAAAGGAAGGUAAUGAAAAUCUCUUCUCUCCUGCCCUAGGGCAUAGAUGCUCGACCCAUACCCCGCAGGCACCUCAUGGCCUGAUAGAAGCUUUCACUGUGGCUCAUGAACACAUUUUCCAUAGGUAGAAUGGGCUGCUGAUCGUGGUAAUGCUGUUAACUACACAGAUGUGCAAUGCUUACACUGUUCAAAAGUGCUCACGUGGAUUUUUGAGUUGAAAGAUGCCUUCCAAGAAUUUAUGACAGCAGAAGGCAAGCUAGUACUAAAGUUCGAUAAGCCGACGAAGUUGGUCAACUUUGCCUUCCUUACACACAUUUUCUCUCCGUUAGUUAAAAUUGGUGCAUGGCCUGUUUAAUCACGUCAAAGCUUUCCAGAGGAAAGUGCUUAAGUGCUAACUUCAAGAUCAGAAAUUUAACAAAUUUCCAAAGCAUAUUGAAUUUGCAGUCUGCAGAAUAUGCAUUUUCGAUAUGUGACUGCAAUAUCUCCUCCCCAGACCUAGUUUCAACAGAAAUUCCAAGAUUUUCAUGCUCAAGAAAGCAACCUGAAUGUGAUAAUUAACUCCUUCUCUAUGAAUAUAAUGGAGACACAAGGGUACCUCCAAAUAGAAAUCAUUGACUUUCAUUGUGACUCAGACCUGAAAAUCAAAUGUAACGAAGUGCCCCCCAAGAAUUUUUCCAAAAGUGUAUAAAAGGGAACAUUUGUCAAUUUAAGAAUACAUGUGGCAAUAAUCUUCUUCAUCUUUGGAAGCAUCAACUUAUGUGAACAAAUGUUUUUCUGAAUUAAACACUCAGAAUUGAGGAGGAAAAAUACUGAUUGUCAUCAGGAAAGGAAAACACUGAAAGAAAGAAAGAAUUAGAGGGCCACUUCAAGGUUUUAAAGUAUUGGUUGGUUUUGUUGCUCCUGCUAAUAGUGCUUGAUCAGCAGAACAAGCUAUUCAGGAGUUUUCACUGUAUCUUCUGGAAAAUGUCUUCUUAAAAAUGAAAUAUUUAAAAAUUACUUUCACAAAAGAAAGCAAAUUAGCCUACAGCUAGAACUAUGAGGUGUUCCCUAUAUUCUAUCACUGGAGAUUUAGUAGGUCUCCUUGAGUUAGAAUGUCAGUGUGGUUAGGAUUUUCUUAUGGCUAGUCACAUUUAUUGAGACGAAGAGCUAUGGUUAGCACCUAUGUAAAUGCAAACUAUGUUGUAUAUAUUCAAUUAAAUUCACCUUUCUUUUCAUAACCAGAAUUUAUAUGUUUGUCUUUUGCACAGAAUGGCAAACAGUCAUCUAUGCCAGAAUUUUUCUUUAGUUAUCUGCAGAAUAAGUUUGGAGAUGCUGCUAUUGAGUGGUCAUAUGCUGUGCAUGAGAGUUGCAGGGUGCAACUGAUCUCUGAAGAAAUGCAACUAUUCUACAACAUCCUUAUGGGUAAAGUAAGUAAUUCAAUAUUCAACUUUACAUUAUUUAAAGUAAUGCCAUUCUAUGGGUAAUUAUUUAAGUUAUUUUUAUACUUUGAAAAUCUAGAGACCCUUAAAUCCAUCUGGUGGUUGUCUUAAUUAAAAUAGAAUACAUGUCGAAGAACAAAUUACAGCAUUGCUGUAUAAACAGAACAUUUAAAUUAAGAUUGUUACAGUUUAAUUCAAAAUGAGACUGCAAAUGUUUACGUGUAGCAGUCUUGUCCAAUCAUUGUUUAGUUUAUAUCAUAGUAAUACUCUAUACAUUUGCAGUUGUUAGAACGCUUUAUUUUUCUUGGGCAAACUUAAAUUCCCCUUCAUAUACUUUGGCUCCUUGUGUUAACUUCCACACACUUAAAAAAAAAAAAAUCCUUCUCACUGAGAUAGGUACUAUCAGGUCCUAGUCUUCUGUACAACAUAUCUGUCCAUGUGACCUGAACUGUACACAUUACACAGACUAUAGAACAAUCCGGUCCAAGUCUAUCUACAUAAAUAUAAAUAUUCUACAAUCUAUCUAUAUGGAAUUGAAAGUGAUAAAUCCUCUGAUAAAACAUGUUGUUCCAUGUGCUAAUUUCUCUCUGAUUUUCUCUGUCUAUGGCCAGAAUUUACUUUGUUAGGAUCAGCAUCAGAAAUUAUCACAAUCUGUUAGAUAAAACUUUUCAAAUGAUUUACCUACAAAAGGUCCCCUAGAGUAAUGGCGAUUUCUAUAGAUAAAUUAUUUGAAAUGUUAUUUUUUUCCUACCAGAUUGUAAUCAUUUUUUAUGCUAAUUAAAUCAAGGCCUAUUUUACAUAUUGGGAAGCAGUAUUCAUUACGCAUGAAGGCCAUCUUGAUCUUCAGUGAAGUCUUACAACAGUAAUAUUCGAGAACACACAUUAAAGGGGCACUAUCACACUUUACUUACCUUUUCCCAAUCGCUUCCUCUUUUCUUUUUUUCCCUAUGCUAUCUUUAUGUUUUCAUUUUUUUAAAUCUAUUUCUAACUAAAAGCAUAUGACAAAGUAGGGACUACCGUGUCAAUCCCAACAGCCGUCACUGGUGCAGGGAAUUGGCUCUGUCUAUAGACCUCACUGCUGUACUCUUGCGAAUAUGCAUGAGUAUAACAGUGAGGUUGGCUUCUUGUGCUGAAGAGGACCUGCCAGAAGAAGAUGAUGGCACCCACCAGGGACAGAUUCAGGUCUGUAGAACUCACCUUUCCCUGUCCUCCUUCUCCUCCCCCUGUCGGUGGAUUGGCCCGCGUCUGGCAUAGUGAGUCUCAGUGAUUGCAGGAAUGUAUUUGCAUUCGCCAUUGAGGUCAGUCUGUAUCUCAUGCCCUGCUUCUCCACAAUAAGGGCUCGUGGGUUCCCCCACUUGUAUGGGACAGCUGCUGCUCUCAACUGAGUGGUCCAUUCUCUUAAGGAAUCCCUCCAUUGUAGUAUCGGUCGACUAAAGUCGUGGUAAAAACGUAGUGAGUGUUGUUCAAACAUAAAUGGCACUUGUCCCUUGACUGCUGCCAUAAGUGUUUCUGUUUUGUCCCGUGAUUGAAAGCAGAGUAUGACAUCCCUGGGGGGGAUGAUUUGGUGGAAGGUCAUCCAUCCAGGGUUAGGCCUUUAGCCACCUUAUGUGACAGUUUGACAGAUAGCAAACAGCAGCCGAGGUAGCUCUUCUUCCUCCUGGUCUUUCUUGUCAGAGGCUGAGGAGAAUCCACCAUGUAGGUCUGGAAGUGCGUCUACCAUCUUUGGGUUUGUGAGAGGAGUAAUCCAUUUUUCGCGAUUUUGUCCCCUGCCAGACCCUCAAGACUUUCUAGAAUGUUUCCCCAUGACUUUCUGCAUCUAGUGGUGUUGUUAGAAGCCAGAAGUUGAUGCUUUUUGUGGCUGGGUAUCGCUUCAGUGAAGUCCGGUGGCCGGAGCUCAGGACACAUGUGUCUAAUCAGAGCGCUGGCUAGCUCCACCCCCCCAAAGGGAUAUAUUAUGUGUUUGUCGAUUUGAUUGAACCUGGUAAGACUCGUCUUUCUCAUCCUUCCUUUAUUUUGAUGCAGCUUAAAUUUUCUCAUAUGCUGCAGUAUUCAAGGAGGGAGGAGUCAUAAUCCGGCCCCUCUGAAGAAAGUGCCUUCCUCAAGUAAGGAAGGUGAAGUUGAAACGAUAGCCCCCUGCCCCAUAAAAAGCCAGACCUGAGGUACUUGCUGCUCUUGAUAAAGGCGUGAUAUUGCACCAAAACGUGUGUCGAGCUGAUGCUGAUUUCUUAUAUUUUUAGGAGGAAUCCUUUAUUUUUGAGACCAAUGGAAUGCUGAUAGUGAUAAUCUUUUGAGGCUAGAUCUAGGGGGACUGCUGUGAUGCAGCGUGAUCUACAUAUAGAGGGAGGUUUAAGAGGAUUAGCUUUAGCUUUAUAUUGUCUAUUAAAUACAUGUUGCUGGCUAUCUUGAACCCCUCCCAUAUAUCUGAUAUAUUUGACUGCAUGGCUCUAUUACUGUUAUGUUGAUUUGUAUAGUGCCACUUUUGCACUAUGAACUAAUUACAGUCUAAUCAAUACCAUAGACAUCUAAAAGCCAAUUACUAAGAGUAAACUAUUUUAUGGUAUAGAUAGCUUGUGCUGUUAGGUUUUCAAUGAAGGAGAGUGGAUUGGUACUACAACAACUUUAGUUUCUUGGAAUAUACCACAACUGAGGACCACAUGUGCUGUUUAAUCUUUUGUUCACUCAGGAGACCCCCUGGGGUGCUAAUAUACCUAGGCUCCUGUGCUCCGACCGAGUACCUCCACCCUGUCCACUUCCUAGCCGUUUGCAGGAACCCUGGAACGCUUCAGCCCCAGUCGCCAAAGCUUGACUGGGGUCUCUGCGGAGCUCUCCUUCCAGGCAGGUAUCAUCCCUUCUGCCUAUUCCUCUGGCGCUCUGCUUAUGGUAAUUAUAGUUAUUGCCUUUACAAAGGCACUUGAGGCUCUUAGUCUGAGCUCUCUUGCUUUAUCUCAGGGCUAGAGGGAUCCUGCAACCAGCAGACAGGCCCAAGGACUCUGUGACUGGGAUCUUUACAAAUCCACACCAGACACAAGUUCCAAAAGGAACCGACAAACAAAACUUUAUUUUUCAAGAAACUAGCCCAUAUGAUCAUUACAUUUAGAUUGCUGUGACACACACAGUAAAAUUCAAAUAACCCAAACAUGUCACAAAAUAUACAGGAUAUUAUCAUAGCAUAAUAUCAUAUUUAUAGAGGGAUGGGGAAGACAAUAAUUAACAGAAAACAUCUCUCCUACCUUCAGGAUUAGCAAUAUGCAAAUCAACCAGCUUUGCUAUUUAGGUAGUGCAUAUUGCUGUUGCUACCAAGAGGGCACUACACAGGCUCCAUAGGUAAAUCCACCUAGAUGGUAGCAAUCCUUAGCAUUACAGGAGAGCGGGCAAAAUAUUUAACAUUAUACACACACACAUUUUAAACAAUUUCAUUACAUACAGCCUGCAUCUAUAAAGGGUACAGGGUGAAAUAAAAUGUCCAUAUGAAUCCCCAGGUGAUGGUGAGUAUCGUCACAUUAACCACAAGUAUCUAAGCACAGAUACUCAGUAUCUAAUGUGUCUCAAUAUAAGGAGUUGCUGUUAUCCUUUAAGACAUAUCCUUUAUUGUGAUAUAAACUUUAAUUUAAAUUCAUUAAUAUAGAGAGUAACCUGUCAUAUGUAUGAUAUCAAGCUUAGUACUCUUUAUUUUUCAGGUUAUUUAUUAUUAUGUCCAGUUAUUACUAAUAAAGACUAUAAUCAAAUUAUCUCUAAUUGUAUUGCUAUUGUAUUGUUAAAACAACUAAACAGGCAGAGAUUGGAUCUGUACGAUAAUUGUGCCGCUGUAUACUUUAAAAAAGUUGGAAACACCUGUUAUUGUAUACACAGUAUGGAAUGUACAAGGUCCCUGUUAGUCAAUGUGUAAUCAGAAAGCCAUGGAUCUCAAGUGGGAUCUCUGAAACUUAGCUAGGCGUGAGCAGUGGUGUACUAGGGCAGCCUCGUUGUGAAAGGUGUCAAAUGAAACCAUGGAAACUAGAUCACCAUCUCCACAUAAAUGGGUUAGCCAAAUGCAGCUAAGCAAGAGUAGUAAAAUAGAAAUAAGCAUGCAAAGCAAUGGUCUCGGUACCAGGUGAAAGAUAGAAGACCACUAAUCUACAAAGUUAAAUAUAGGCCACAUAAUCCCCAGUUGGUGCAGAAGUUGAUCUUGGAUAAAAAAAAAUUAUUUGUAUUUGUGUGCGUUGAUAUUACAAUAGUUUUAAGUGAUUAUAGUGUUUUGGUGUGCUCUCUAGUGUAUUUUAAUUGUAUUCAUAAAAUGUGAUUGCACUAUACGUUUUGGGGUUCAUUUACAAAGCAGUUUAUUGAAGUGAUCUAAAAUCCUAAUAGCAACAUUUAGGCAUAUAUGUCCAAGCAAGCUAUGACUAUAGUAUAAUCAGAAAAAGUUUUCAAUCAGCACUUUACCUAAAUGUAUUGAUUUGGACUUUCAAUAUACUACAAAGCCUGGUUUAGUGAAAAAAAACACCAAAGAGACACUUACGGUGAGGAAGUGACCGUGGCGGUCUAGCAGUGGCAUAACCUGAAAGGGAGACGUGGAGAGGUGGACACAAUUUUAGGAAGAAAUGAUAAGAAAGACCCUGCAACACAGCAUCAAGAUGAUCAUUGUUUUAUACUAACAAAAUAAUGCAUUCUUAUGACACCCAGAGGGUAUAUAGACCAGAAAGACCAUGAGAUGAAUUAACUAGGAAACUUCCCAUUCGAGAAUAAAAAGUUACAUUGGAAAAAUUGUCAUAUUUCUCUAUAAUAUUUACCCUCUCUAUUUCGAACAAAUAUUUAAAAUUCCUUUGUGAGUUCUACAAAAGUCCACAUUUGGUAAAUAUUAACCUUUAACAGUUUAUUCCCCACUUACUUUGAAUUCGGUGUGUAUAUGUCUUUCCUCUGUGAAAGUCAGGUAGAGACUGGCUAAGACACUAAGCUGUGCUAGGUUUUUACAGGGUUAGUCAGUGACUUCAUAAAGACAGCGUGACAUCACUGAAGGUAUGUGUGCCUAAUGGGACACCACUGAUGUCAUCCACAGAUGGCCAUUUCACACAUAUGAGGUGUUAAAGAAAUAAUGUAAACAUAAAUUAAACUUUAAAUGUUAGGCAAAUGUAUGCAAUUUAAAUUUUUGAUGUUUUGAAAAGUAAUUGCACUAGACAUAUUAAGGUUUAUUUAUAAAACCUCUCAUUGAAGUAAUCUGAAAUUCAUAUAGCAAUAUUUAGGUUUACAUGUCCAAGCUUUGACUGUAUUUGAAUUGGAGUUUCCAAAUCAGCACAUUUUAAUAAAAUGUUGUAUCCUCAAACACCAGAGCCAGGCUUACAGUUAGGAAGUGACAUUCUGAAAGAAAGGCCGUUAUAGAGAGAAACUAUAAAAAAAAGCAUCAAAGUAAAAAUAAUAUUUAGAUCAUCCAAAGUAAGGCAGUCUUGUGACACUCACAGAGCAAAAUAUGUAGAACGUGCGCUUACCAAGAUAUUUCACAUAGCGAAAAACUGUUAUAUUGAAAAAAUUCUCCUAAUUUGCAAUUAUUUUACAAUGUCAUUUUUGGACAUGUUUCAAAUUUCUGUGUCUUCUCCGCAGUGUUUGGCAAUUAUUCAACAUUUUAAUGGUUUAUACCUCAGUCACCCUGAAUUCUGUCUGUGUGCUCUAUAAAAGUCCUGAGCUGUGCUGAGUAUCUCAUAGUCUUGGUCCAUGCUAAACACUUGUGGUGGCCAUUGCAUAAACAAACUGCAACAAUAAGAUGUAUUCCUAGGCACUUGGGGUUUUGUGAGGAUAGCUGCUGUAAACCUACAUCAAUGAAUAAUUUAAUUUACUGAAAUAACAUAAUAAAUUGUGUGUAACAUAAAGCAAGUUUUGAUUGUCAGCUCCAUUUAACAAACAACAAUAAAAUUAUUGUACCCAGUUAUUAUAAUCUUCAUUUCCAUUCAGUAUUCGUUCACAAGUUACAUAUUUGUUUUUCUUGCUAGCUAUAGAUAUCUCAAAUGAGGUCUCAUAUAUGUACAACUUUCACAAGACUUUGUACUUGAAGAUGAUUAAAUCUGUGUCAGUCUUGCAUUAUUUAGAGUAUAUUUUAAAUGAUACACACAGAGAAAUAUACAUUUAUUUAUAAACUAUUUUACUAGAAUGGAUACGUUGAGGUUUCUCUCAUUUUCAAGUAUGUCCUGGGUUCACAAAACAUUGCAUCAUUACAAUGGGGUACAAUAAAAUGCAAAAACAAUAUUAAUACACAACACAUACAUAGAAUUUAAGAUAGAACAGGUAAGAAAUAUAUAAUCAACCAUGACGGGUACAUUCUGUUUUGAAAAUCAGUGAGAAAAUUUAACAGAAGCCAGAAAAAAUAUUGGUAUGCAUAUUUUAUAUUUGCAUGCCUUUCUAUUUAAGAGGUUUUGAAACCCAAAAAUCAACACAACUGAUUGUAACUGGUGCAUUACACGUAAAAUAGUGUGCUAUAUUGCCAUAUAGCAGAGGGAUAAUGCCCUGAGCAACACUAAAUGUUCCCCAUAGAGAUGCAUUGAUUCAUUGCAUAUCUUUGAGGAGAUGCUGAUUGGUGCAGUGUAACAUUUAGUCCCACAUGCUCAAUAGCCUCCCAAUGCUUUCCUAUGGGAAAUCAUUAUAUUGCCUGAGAUUAACAAGAUUGAUGAUCUCAGCCAUGGAGGCGGGGCCAGCUGUUGCCAGACCUGCAGAACAGUGGAGAAAAGACAAGUUAAAAACCUUUCAUCUCCACGGUGGGAUGGUCGAAUGUUAGGACUACAUGAUUCCUUUAAAAAAGAAAAGCACUUACAUGUGUGCAUGAUAAAUUCAAUUGGUGGGACUCCUCAAAGACCUUUCAUUUCGUUUUUAUUUUGGUAACCAGUAUUACAUAAUUUUUUCCUGAUAGGACCUGGAUCUGGAACUUAAAAAGGUGUUCUGCAUAACUCCUGGUGGGAAUGGACUCACUUAUGUACUUACCUGGGUUAUUGUAAUUUAACCAAUUGUAAAUAUUUAACCCCUUCCAUUAGUGAAUCAUUGCAGAGUUAGUGAAUCAUUGCAGGGACAUUGGAAUUACUUCUUUAUUUUAUUGAAAUAUAGAGGCAAAAGUAUAAUAACCAUGUUUUAUAAAAUAGUCAUAUGUUUCACAGGUUAAAGAAGAUGAGUCAUACCUGCUAAUGGGAUAUACUGAUGAUCAUAGUGCAAAUGACAGUUCACUGAUAUCUGAACAGUUAAGGUAA